UCCGCAGUCCGUAUCCAUGUUUUUGUCAUCAUCGCGUUCACUACGUUUCAGUGUGAUCAACAGUUCUACAACAACCGUGCGCUCAGCGAACGCAUUGGCCGCGCUUUACGCGAACGCCGUCACAGAAGCCGCUUGUGCAUGCCCGAAUAAUUAUAUUAAUUAGCCGAGUUUUGAUAUUGUUAUAUAAUAUAUUAUAACGUUAUUUAUUAAUAAUAAUAAUAAUUACAAUUAAAAAUUAUCGCGGUGUUGUAGUGAAUCGUUUUCGUUUUCAUUCAUUCAUUGCCGCGGUGCACCUACAGCAGCAGUCGUCGUCGUCGUCGUCGUCGUCGUCGUACUUAUACUUGUUACAUUGUCCGUGUGUAUCGAAAAUUUAACCUUUGUUUUUUUUUGUUUUUUUUUUCCCUUCCCGUUUUUCGAUUUCUCGCGCUUAAACGUAUCGUAAACCGCAAUAUCAUUGCGAUCGUCCGGCCGUCGUUGUCGCGUGUCCCACCGUCUCGAUCUCGGCGGACCGCGGAACCAUAACCGAAAACUCCGCAAGUCGAUUAGCACGUUUUAUUCUUCGUAUAUUCGCCGUGGGCCGCGGCACCGUGCGUCGAUGUGCUUCUAGGGAAAAACGUAUCGCCGUGUACUUAACCAACCGCCAACCGAGAUGCCUGCCGAAGACGAUUCGUCCUUGUUGGCGAACAUUUGCGUCGGUUGUGAAUGGCUGGCCACCGAACUGUCGUCGAGUAACAAGUGUCAGUUGCUCAUUCUGGACUGCCGCAGUUCAAUGGAUUUCUCCGACUGUCAUAUCCGCGACGCGGUCAACUUCAGCAUACCCACGAUCAUGCUGAGACGGUUGGCUGCUGGGAAAAUCGAUUUGGCGUCCACAGUAAAGUGCACCGAUCUCAGAAAACAAAUCGUGGACGCCUACAAGCACAGCGCGUUCGUGUUGUACGGCGACGAACGUUUGGAUAACCGUAAGCACACAUCUUCCGUAUCCGAUACGAUGGUUGUGUUGGCAAAACGGUUGCUGAAGGAUGGAUGCAAAGUUCACUGUCUGAACGGUUAGUCGUUUCUUAUAAUUUUAUUUUCAUACGAGUGCGCCAAAGCGUCCUAAUAGGUUAGUAGGUACCUGCCACUUAUCUAUCAAACAGUUUUGGUUAUUUUUUUCAUCUCGAUUCAUUUACCGGUAUUAGUGUUUCACCAAUACUUGUUAGUUGAUCAUUAUGAAACGCUUCUGUACUUCAACCCAUAUCUACACCAUGAAUGUUUUUUUUUUUUUCAUAUGUAUAUAUACGUACAUACAUAAUUUUAAACAUUUUUUUUAGUUUUUACUUAAAAGAUAACAUUUCAGUUAUUUUGAGUGAUAGUAUUAGUAAUGAGGUAUUAUACACACACAUUAGCAUUGGGUAUAGUUGUAAUAAUGAUAAUUCUUAUCUUAUGUGCAUUGUCAGUUGGGAAACCAAUUAAUAGGCCUUUAAAUUAAUAGAAUCUCUAUGAGAAAAUAAUGAAUUGAAAUAAAUCAUUACAAUUUAUUAAUAAAUAAUCACUAAGAAAAAUGUUUUUUUUUUUUCCAUAGAACUACACGGGUUAAACUAAUAUACCUCGGUACCUGUCGGAAAUAUUCUAUUACAUAUAUUAUUAUUAUAACAGUGUUUAACAUGUGACUGUUUUAUUCUAGGCUAUUUAAAAUAAUCGUUUUGUAUUGUUAUUAUUGUAUUAUUUUUUUUAUCUGUUGGUCCUAACUAUUAGUUUUUUACAUUUCUGUAUACACUACACACACCUUAUAUCAUUUUUUUUUAAUUAUUAAAUAUUAUAAUUUAUCUCUUGUAAUUAAUGACAGGAGAUAGAAACUAUCUCAAUUAAUUUUAAUUUCAAUGCAUUGGUAACGCAUGGUAGGUAAUACACUUUAAUUAUGGAAUAGGUAUCUAGUGUUUUAACUCAUUAUCGACUAUAUAGUACACCUACCUAGGUUAUUGUUAAUACUUAAUCAGUAGAAUUAAAAUCGGAUAUGUUAAUAAUUUAAUAGGCAGUAGAACGUUUUGUAUAAGAAUAUAUGACUACAUUUAGUAAUAGGCGAUGAACUGUAAACUGUAGGGUACCUAUGUCUAACAAGUGUUGCAUGGAUACUUUAUAUUCUUUAAUUUAUCUGGUAUUUUGCCAGUGAAAUAAUUAUAAUAACGAUUGCUUAUUAAAUUAAAUUAUUUGAACAUUUUGCAUAUUGAAUAGGCACUUGGCAUUGUUAAUGCUGUUUGCGUUCUGUGGUAAAACGUUUAAAAACCCAUGUGGUUAUUUUUGCAAACUAUCAUAUUUAUCAUUGUUCAAAUAACACACCGGAGCACAUUGGUGCAUAAAUCAUUUAAGUAAUGUCUUUUAUUCUAAUCUGCUUUUAUGAUUUGAUUGUAAUUUAUAUUCGCACACAGCCCUACAGCUACACGGAACCAGGCAUACAACUAUUUGGUGUACGAUUAAAAUAUGGUUACCUACCUAUAAUACGGUCCAAUAGGGUACCGUCUGUUCGAUUAAUUGUGCUAUCAGCCAUUAUUUCUAUUCUAAAAAGUUGUAUUCAUUAGACAUUAUAAUGUUGGGUAGGUAGUAUUAGAAGACAUUUAAAAUGAUAUUAUUUAAAUACUUCAAUACAUACCUGUAUAAUAAUAAUAUUGUCAUUGGAUAUUUACACAUGAGUACGUAUACCUAUUCGAUUACGGGUUUUUAUCACGAAUUUAAAUUAAAUUAUAAUGUUUCUGUAAACUAAUUAACUAAUUAUAUACAUUGUAUUUCGAGUUGUUAUACCUACAUUGUAAUAGUAGUAAUCAACUAAUUACUUUUGACAAAAUAUUGCAUUUUAGAAUAAUGUCAUAAUAUUAUACCUAGUAGUAAUAUAACACCGAGUACAAUACAUUAGUAAUAUAAUAUAUAGGGUAUCACCGGAGAGUGGUAUCACGCAAUAAUUUACUAACUACCGUGUUAAUAAAAAAAAACGCAAAUUUAUUCAAAAGAUAUUUUUAGAUUAUAGGUGCCCCUGUACAAUGUUAAACCAUAGAUCUAUCUCAAAACUGUAGGUGUGUUGAUUUUUAUCUUAAUGGGUUUCAUUUUGUAUUUAAAGUCAAUGCGAAAAACAGCGCUCGAAUUGGAAAAUUAAAAAGAGGACUGUGAGACUUGAACAAAAUUGGUUUUCUCUUGUAAUCAUUGGACUCGACAUAGCAUUAGGGGGAUUCGCCCCCACAUCACCACUCUUUAAUCGCUUUUUAAUUCUGUAAUAGAUAUUUUAUAAAAAAAAAGACAACAGACUUGUUUUCAUUUAUUUUAUGUUUUUCUAUCAUCAAUAGGUAUAAUAUUAUUAUUAUUAUGCGUAUUGUAUCAAUGUUCUGUGUAUAGAUUUUAUAUUUUUCUAACAAAAAAAAAAAAUGAAUUAACAAAAUAUUAAAUAUGUAGGCGAGUUUAUGGUUUUUUUUUUUUUUUUAAUAUAAUUAUUUACAAAAAGAGUUCCUUUCGUUCCCAAUAGAAAUAAUUAUAGUCAGAAAUCCUUAAAUAAAAAAUAAAAAAAAAAAAAAAAAAAAAAAAAAAAAAAAAAAUGUAAAAGAGCUCUGACCCCUUGCGCCUUCCCCCCCAAUUCGAGUACCGACGAAAAGUAUUCGUGUGCAGCCUUGGGUGAUGAUCAGAUAUUUAUAAGUAAAUGCGGUGCACUGUAAAGUAUAGUACACCGACACAAAUUCGGUAGUAAUCCAUUUUUUUCUUUUAAGCCUACAGACAUAAGGACUGUAUACAAAACAUAAUUACUAAAAGAUGGUCGGUCGAAUUAUAAUCUUAAUUAUUUUUUUUUACUUGAAGAAUGUUUACCGAUCUUCGCUUCCGGGCAACACAAUAAGCAAAUAAGACGACACUGAUACGAUAAAAUUGAGUGUAAAUGUUUGCAAUAAUAAUUAUUAUUUACUUUAGCAGGUAAAUUAUAUAUAUUUUCGACAUUUGAUGGAUAACGUUUUGUUGCCCGUCGUUUUUUUUUUUUUUUCGUUAUUCUACUAUUAAAAAUUUAUUAGACAUUACGUUAUCGGUUCUGCACGAUACGGGCAAUCGAUUUCUUGGAAAUUUUGUGUAGAAUUUCAGUAACGCGACAGAAUGUCUCUGCGGACGUGCAGUAGGUAACGUAUACCCCCCCCCCCCCCCNCCCCCCCCUCAACUAUAACUAACCCUAAUCACGUUAUCGUCACUUGUUAUAAGCCGAGCUGCUUGUCGCUGGCGUCCGCGGGUCGGAAAUACCACUCGAAACCGGCACCGAAAUUGGUUUACAGCGACCCCGAAUCCAAACACGCAGUAGGACCCUGCGAGGUAUUAAUUGGGUUUUCGACUUUAUUAGAAAAUAAAAAAAAAGAAAAAAGUUUUCGGAUGUAAUAAUUGUCGUCCGGUGAGACGGGGUUACCUGCUGACGUGUAGGCCAUAAUUCGUGUACCGAUUUCGUAUUUUUAAUCGGUUACAAAACUUACACCCACGCCGUGUUCGACUAUUGUAUUUCGACCGGCGUGUCCGGUAGAGUUUUUGUUCGGUUUUUUUUUCACACCAUCCGCGUUUCUGACGUGCGUUAAAAUAAACGGUUCGGACGAUCUACGGCCGCAUAAAAAAACCAAUCCGUUUGUACUGUACGCCGAGUGUUCCAAAGUGUGCAGCGUCGUUUGGUGUUCUGUAGUGCUCCAGUACCUGAUCGAUUUUAUUUGGCGAUUUUGUCCGGGGUACGAUUACGGUUUUGUAAUCGCUUCAAACGAGUUCGAAUUCUGUUCGUUUCGUCCCGUAUAAAUUUCCAUCGAUAAAUCGCCAAAAAAAAGAAAAAAAACGUCGAACACUGACCUAUACUAAUCGGAAACAUCUCCGGAGGUCAUUUAAAAAAAAAAAAAAUACGGGUGCUUGCUAUAUUAUGCAGUUUAUUAUUGAACGGUGGAAAAUUUCUCGCUUCUAAAAACCUCGUCGACCGAACUCCCAAAAGAUACAAAGCGUAAUUUUAUGAUUUUCAUUCGCGAUUCAAACACGUCGUUCCGUCGACGUAGAGAUUUUCCCGUCGGGCCCGCCGUUUAUUUUUAUAUCCGUUUUCGGUAUUGUCCGUAAAUACUAAUUCGAAUAUUAAUCAACGUCAUUCAGUGUCCGUUUUUGAUUGAUCCGUUUAUUUCAAUGGACGCCCCGAAAAACGUAUUGUAGGUGUGAAAGACGCGACUAGACCUUGGGGGUGUUAAAAUUAUAGGCCCGUCACAGACCUAUGGUAGAGGCAAUAACCCCACAAUCUCCUUUGCACGAUAAUGGUUAUAAUAAGCGACUGCACGUUUUAUUUACAAUGUUUUAUAUAAAAAUUUAUCAUAACUAAGGAUCAACGGAUUUAUGUGUACUAAAAUAGCGCUUAAAAACGUCAUAGAAACUCAAAAAAAAAAAAAGUCACUUAAAAAAUAUUUAAAAGAGCAUUAAUAGCAGAAGGGUUUAAAAGGUACCCCAUCAAUUGUAUCUAACUUAUUAAUAAUAAUUUUUUAACAGUAAAAAAACGAUCAUUAUAGAGUAAAUUUUCUUCAAAUAUAUUUGUACGUGUUUAAAAAAAUAAAAAAUGCUUUGUGUUAAUCAUUAUUGUUAAUGCCAGACAAUUGUAUUUAAUAGGGUUAGAAUCGUUAGCAUGUGGACUUUAAAAUCCCUCACCACUUUUGCUUUUUUGAAUACUUCUAAGCGCUGUUUUGUGGAUUUUAAGUACAUAUAAAUCCGUUCCCAAAUCAUAAAGUUUUCAUUUUAUUUUUUAGACACGCGUGCAUUGUCCGUAGGUAAUUCGUAUUUCGUUCUCCUUAUUAAUCAUGAAAUACACCGGUAAAAUGUUUCGUCAAUACUAUAAAACAACUUAUCGGAUAUUUUCGGGGGCGCUAAAGUCCUUCUAGUGCCCCCGUAGUUGCGCCCAGGACCGGCGUUACGUUUUCCGAGGCCCUGGGAGUGCCUCGACACUUGGCCACGGCCGGAUAUACCGUUUGAUGUUUGAUAAGACAACGCGCGUGCACGUGUUUUUCCCAAAAACACGGUUACAUUUCCAAAAAGAAAUUAUUUUUCCCAGUUUUACGCCCGUUAGAUAAUUAUGUUACCCUUUUUUUAACCGGUCCGCAAGAGCGCGAGGUCGCCCUGGACGUAAGCCCCGCGUGCCCUACCCUAACGUCCACCCUGGUUGCGCCUGUGGAAAGACGCCUUGUCGGUUAGGACGGUUCGCGCUGCCGGGUAACCGGGUACGAAUAUAAAUUUCGGCGACCGGGAAAUAACGUUAUGGUUAUUACAAACGUCGUUUGUUUUGCGGAAAACGUUCGCGAUAACGAAAUUAACGAAAAUUCCAGCGUCUUUUUUUUUUUUUUUUUAUAUUUUUCCUCGAAAAUGUUUCAUGCUCGCGUACAACACGAUAUUUUAUAACACGAACGUUUGUCGCAGCGCGUGAACAUACCGGACUCGGUGCCGGUCCGUUUCCGAUUUCCCGUUCCUACACAACAGUGGGUACGUAGUAUUUUUUUUUUUAUUCGGGAAAAAACGCGUCGCCUCGUGUAUAUUACGUGGUUACGGGUAAUUUUUUUCCUCUACUCCCGAUGCGCUCUCGUCGUUUUACACCACCACACCACCACCCACCCGCCCCGAACGGGCCGUCCGAGAUUCGUCGUCGUCGAGGAAGUGCCUGUACGCCUACCGGAGAUCGAGAGAAAGAGAGAGAAUGAUAUUAUUAUUAUUAUUAUUAUUAUUAUAAUGUUGUAUUAUAGUUGCCCGCGUAUAGGAAUGUCUAUCCAUUACGUCAUUUGCGUCAACCGAAUCCGAUUUAUUACGUAGGUAUAUAUGUGUACAGACGCGUGGCGUAUACGAGUACCGACAAAAAAACCGGUAUCGGCCGAAAACCGUUUUUGUUGAACGGUUUUGAGCGCGGCCGGAGCCCCGAGCCCCCGCCCCCCCCCCCAAGUGCCGGCGGCCGCGGUCUCUCCGUCACUCGUAGGUGUGAACGCCGCUUCCUACGUGCGGCCGCGGCCCCCGGCCACGUAGAAAAAAAAAAAAGAAAAAGCCGCGGUCACACACACGCAGCAGGCGUGCGUGUGCAUAGGCGUCGAACCGUGAAUAAAGACACACAUUUCGGUAAUAAUAAUAAUAUGGGUAGGUUUAGUAUGUAGGAGCGAGAGAACGACGACGACGAGGAUCGUAGGCAAUAAUGAAAACAUUUUUCGGAUACACUCCUCGCACACGCACACGCAUAAUAAUAAUAAUAAUAAUACCGGCGCGGCGGUGUUCAUUCAUAUUUUAAUGAACGUCGUCGUCGUCGUCGCCGUCGUAUUAUUAUUCAUUCAAUAUUAUAAUAUUAUUAUUAUACACGUAACUAUAUAAUAAUAUUAUAACAUUACGGUCGCCGUUGUCGAUUCUCGCGCGCGCUCGCCGUCAGUCCGUCCGUCCGCCGCCGCUGGAAACCUUCACGGUCAUCCGCGGCCGCGCUCGGUGCCCGUCCUCUUCUUCUCGACUCCGGAGUGGAGAGCAGCCCGCUCGCCGUGUAGGUGUUGUGUGACCUAAUCAAGGUCGUCCGCGCGACCGGUCGUGGAUAUCGCGGUGCGCGCGCGUGUUGCGUUCGUUCCGCAGGGUGCGGCGUUGUCGUCGUCUUCGGAGGUUCCUGGGGGGGGGGAAAUCACGAUGUCCGUUUUUCUAGGCUUGUAAAAAUCUUUGCCUUUAUUGUCGUGGUGUACCGAUCAAAAAUCAUCUAUAAAGCACUCGGACAAGAGUGUGCCGGAUAAAAUGUUAAUCGACAGGCCAAACAUAGUAAUAAAUACGUGUGUUUGGUCGUUUUAAAAGAAAAUUAACUUAAUCGCUCAACUCGUUAAUUGCUCAAUAUCCGGUUUUUGGAUUGAAUAUUAACAUCAAACAUAUUAUUGAGGAAAACUAUUUAUUAAACGUAUUUUAAACAAUAUGUCAAUAUAUCAUACUACAGUUCCACGUACAACUAAGCGCUACUUAUACAAUUACUUUAUAUUUUUAACACUGGCCAGUAUGGACGUAUAUCUAUUACUCGUAUUCAAAUAAAUAAUGAUAAUAUAACGAAUUUAUGUUUAAAUUAAUAAUAAUAUUUAAAAUGUAUAAUAAUAUAUUAUAUCUCCUUAUCAGCCAAAUCAACAACCGUAAUUAAGUACUGGUAACUACGACGGACAAAGCCGGGAUAAAAGGUGAAUAAUAAUAGGUAUAAACGAGAAUUUAUUAUUAGAAGGGUGACAAUUUUUGAUUUUGAUAAGAGGAAAAUGUCCGAAAAUAAUGUAGUAAUAAUAAUAAUACAGGCACUAAAAUAGCGAAGUAUUAUUUUUUAAUCAUGUUGAAUAAUGAAACGUAAUAUGUUAAUAAAACCCUUUACAUCCAUUUUUUUUGAAAACUUUAUUUUUCCACUAGAAAGUUUUCGAAUUCCAAAUGCUUUUGUAGAUUCUUAAAGGUACCUGUAACUUUCGACUUAUCGUUCGCUUGCCCAACAUUAAUUGAAAGUACACUUAACCUUCUCCUCUUCCUACUCAUCCUACUUGUAUCAUCAGUCAAAUCUCUCGUUUAAACGAGGAUAUCGUAUUAAAUGUAUUUUAUUAAAUUUUACCUCGUGUUUGACCUUGGUGAUAUUUUCUUACUUUCUUUAUCGUAAUACUUUAAAUAAAUAGUUAAUAAUACACUCUGUUGAAUUUACUAGAUGGAGGGGGGGGCUUGGAAGCUGAAGCACCGGCCGUUUCGCAUAUUCAACUUUUUUUUGUAUAUCAUAAAUUACUUAGACAUCAGAUGUCGCGUUUAACUAAACGUAUUUAUUGCAGUCUUGAAUGGGUAAUUAAAAAAAAAAAACAACUUUUAUGAUUACCCCUUAUCGAGUUAUGAUGAUGAUUGAAGAAAUAACACACCUAUCUAACAUUUAGUCCUUUGAUACAACUACGUAUAUUAUAAUAUAUUGUAUUGUUUGUAAUUAUUCAAUCAUUUGUCCUUUAUAUUAAUAAUAAAAUAUCAGUGGAGGGGACCGAAAGGUUGAAAGAGCUCAUAUAUUUCUAUGGAGAAUAAUCAAAAUACACGCGCAACUGUUUAUUUAUUUAUUUGGACGGGCCAGAUGCCCAUUUAUCCUGAACGUCUAAGUUACAAAUUAUUAAUUCGUUUUCUCCCCGAAGUUGUAGGUACAUAAUAAGUACCUAAAGAGGUAUUAUUAGCAAGAUAUCACCUGUCAUAGAAAAUAUCCUAAAUCCUCCACCGAUAGUACAAUAAUGUUAUGUUAAUCGUAUAUGUCACAUUUUGUGUACACCAUUAUCUUCGUUAAAUUCAACUUUGCGAUUACCCGUUACUAUUAUAUUUUUGUUUGCGUAUGAAUACUUUACAAAUAUUUAGGUCUCGUUGAUAUUGUGGUUUGGAUAUGGGUAUGUAUAGUAAUUUUUUCCGUAAGUCGCUUGUUUUCGUGGGAAAUAUUUUCUUUUUCAAAUUUGUUUUUUUGUUGGAGGGGGGAGGAGAGAAAUUUUAAAUAAUAUGAAUAUUGUUCGUGAAAAUUUGAGUACUCCAAAUUUUGUUCCGGUUAAAAUUUCGUCGACAUGUGGAUUUGUUUAUUAAAGGUUAUGCGUCUAUGUAUUAUCGAUUUUGUCAAAAAUUAAAGUUCUACCGUGAUCGCCCUGUAUAACCAAUGAAUAGGAUAUUGGAUAGUCGUUCCACGCGCGAAUACCGUUACCUAUUUGAAUAUUGUUUUACUAUAUACUAUACGGUAUUUUCGUGGGUGUAAAAAUGAGGUAUUAGGCAUAUCAUAGUUGGUGCGGUGUAUGCGAACCAGACUGCAUAUUUGUACUCGUUUGGUCGGUGUAUUACCUAUAUGAUUUCCAAUUUUACUCUGCAAGAUGAAAUCUAAGUUGUUUUUAAAGGAACGGGAACAACGCGAGUGGUUUACCAGUUUACAAAAAAAAAAAAAAAAAAAAAGAACCAUUUAACAUCCGCUUUGGAUUACGAAGACGACGCUCGUUAAUAGUACGUUAGUUUACGAUUCGAUUUGUCUGACUCGACCGAAAAUAUCUACGUGUGUAGUAGUGGUAGUAGUUGUAUUGACGGCCUCUUUCGAAUAGUGUAAAUACUGUCAAUAGUCAAUAUAGACCCCGGGGUGUGUUUUUUUUGACCUGCAAGGGGACAAAAUUUCAUCGAAAAACUUGUGGGGGAGGGUAGGCGUGAAGUGUAAAUAGGGGUAAUAAAAUAUGAUAUCGGGCCGGGGUCUACGAGAAACAGAAUAAAUGAGCAUUUGGCGUACGGGGAAAAAAAAAGGUUUGGGGACCUCUGGUUUAGGCGGACCGUCGAUCGUUUCUUUCCGGUGACCGUGUACGUUUUAUUCGGAAAAUACUAGGAAGGUAUCGAAUGCGAACAGUUCGAUAGCGACCGUUCGGUCGCGUACCACUGUACAGUAUUUUUCGUUACGGUCUCGGUUCCGAAACCGAAAACGUAUAAUACGAUGCCGUGUGUUGGUAGGGCGGCGGGGGAGAGGGGGCGAUAUUUGCGGUGACGACGAUUACCGAGUAGUGUAUUAUAUAUACAGCCGAAUAGUCGAUACCGUAGCGUUGUAUAAUAGCGGCCGGAUAAAACGCGAUCGACAGGAAGUCUUAAAAAGAUAAUAUCGUAUACGAUUAUUAUUAUUAUUACGUGUAUUUUCUCAUCGCGCGCGCACAAUUGGCACAGUCACGGCGACGUCGAACCGAGUGUACCGGAAAUGGCGCGGUGGCGGCGGCGGCGACGGGCAGAGUCGCCUCAUCGGGAGCUUGUCCCGCUCCCGUCUCCGUUGGCGUGUUUUUAUCAUUCAUCCGUCCUGUUUGCGUGCGUGCGUGCGUGCGUGCGUGCCGCCACAGCACUCAAUGGAAACGUCUUGCCCACCGCCGCCGCGACAUCGCCCCCUCGCCGUACCCAUACGGCCGUGUAAGGUUUCCGGCGCGCGCGUUCGCGCUUAAUGAAAACAUUAUACCGGGUAAAACGGUUCGCGUGGGACUCUAUUACCGGCGGCGGCGGCGGCGAGCUGGUGUAAUUUUUUUCUUAUAACGUACUAUAAAUGUGUGUACAGUGUUAUUAUUAUACAUCAUACUAUUUUUAUUCUCCUUUCGUUUCUUCCACCUACCGUCGUCGGCCCAUAAUGUACCCACGCGCACGUGUUUCAAUUUACAAAUAACAAUAAUGUAUUCGCGAAAAAAAUAAAUAAAAGAGGCGUAGAUUUUAUUGCAUCGCGCCCGAUUGGGUAACACGUGAUUAUUAUCCGAGUCAAACGUCGCGUCGUUGUUUGUACCGGGGGACGCCCGGAGACCGACCCGUCCUCACGAAAAAUAAUAUUGCUCGUUCAGUACCGGUUUUUUUUUUUCUGCUGCCACACACAAAUAAUGAUUAUUGGCGAUUUGUCAAUAUAAUAUAAGUAUUUGAAAACGGAAAAAAAGAACCAAAAUCCAAUUUAAAUUACAAAUAUAUCCGAGUCGCGUUAAAUGACGAAAGCGCAAUAUAAAUACCGAUUACAUACGAUAAUUACGUAUGGUCUUAUCACAGAUCGCGUAACAUUGUUCUCGGGUCUUUUUGGCUGGCGUUCAUUCCCCCGUUGUCGUGCGGGCCCAAUAGUCAUAAUUUGAAUCGCGGCCCUCCGCAGAAGCCACGGGGGCUAUAGCACCGCGCGUAGUGAUUUCCCUCGAAAUUCUUCCGAGUAUAAUUGCGUAAAUAUCGUAUACAUAACAAUGUUACAUUUUUAUUUCAGUAUCGAGUUUAUUUUCGCGUGCAAUUUCGUUGAAUUAUUUGAAAUGCGCAUAGAUGACAUACGUUAUACGAAAUCGUUCGGGGAUCGGGCGGUGGUCGGAACUCAAUUCCCGUCUUUCUUAUUUUCGCCCGCGUCUCGUGCACAAACGUAUUUAUCCUCCUUACUCCCGUCCAAAGUCCUGGCCACGUCGCCGGGCCGCUGUCCGAUGAUCUUUCCCUGCCGUUUUGUCACUGGCGAACUCUCUCCGUAUGGACCCGAGAGCAGUGUCCGGACUGUCCCAUUCGCGCGGCGGCGUGUCUUCCGGCCCCUUCGCAACGAGACCCGAAACGCCGUUCACAAACCGCAAUAUUAUAACAAUAAUAAUGAUAAUUAUUAUUAUUUCUUGUUCCGCCGACCGAACAAAAUCGGGUAACGGCGGCGGUCCCGGUUUCGUUUGUUAUCGUAGUAUGAGCCGGUAAAGCGUAAUAAUACGUAAUUCGCGACCGGCCGCGAACGUACGUAUUCACGUGGGCGGGACGCGCGGCACGUUGAUUUAUUAUUAAACGCCCGUAAUAGGUGGUAAUAAUAACAAUAAUAUAAUAUUUUAUUUAUAGACGACAAAUAAUAAUAAUAAUCGUAAUUGAAUACAACAAUAUCGUCGUCGUCUCUCGUCGUCGUCGUCGUCGUCGUAUUAAUAAAACGCGUACGCACACCCGAACAAUCGGGUCUGCCCGCAAAUACAAUGGCGAUAUUAUUAUUAUCGUUAUUAUUUCGCCGUCGUCGGCAUCGACGUGUGUAUAGUACGCACGGUAUUUGAUAAUUAACAUGUUAUUGGCGAGCGAGAGGGAAAACCAAUUAUUGUUAUUAUUGCGCGUGUACAGUGUUGAAUUAAUUAGCCGGUCGAACCCGGUUACCCGGUUUAUAAAUGCGGCUGUAUACCGAAUCGGGCUUGCCGCAAUGUUAAUAUUAUAUUAUUAUUAUUACAGUUAAAACGGAUACGGAAUAAUUAUAAUAACAAUAAUAAUAGUUUGCAUAUUAUAAUACGCCAAAUAUAACACGCCGCGUUUGUGUAUUCAUUUCGGUUUUUUUUUUUUUUUCAAAACAAUUUUUGUUUUUGUUUUCGCCGCCCGCUCACGACUUUUCGAGACAAUCGGGGAAUUUUCCAGCUUUUUUUUUUUUUCUUAUCAUUCGCAAUAAUAUGCGUGUAGAUAUAGGUAAGUAUACCAAUUACAAAUAUAAUACGACGCGCGCGUUUUUCUAAAAAUAUUGUCAGACCGAAAAAAGAAAAAAAAAAGAAAAAAGACGGUUAUUUCAGCGAAUACUCCGGAAGGUGUGGCGAAAACUGUAGGGGGACAGGAACCGUGAAUGAGGUUGUUCCGUGGACCAUAUUGAUGCCGACAUCCGAAAUCGAAAACGGAUAAGCAUUAACGGGUAGUAUUUAGAUUUUAAGAAAAAAAAAAAGAGAAAAUCGAAUUCGGUUAAACAAUUUUCGUGUUACGUGGUAUUUUCGAAAAACUACCGUCCCCAAAUGUCCUGAUGUUCUCGUCUUCAAACCGUCUGCGUUAUCCGCGUUUGAAUACUGUGUAAUAUUUCAACCUACAAUCGCCACGAUUUAUGUUCUGUACGGUAACGCAAUAUUUUUUCUACAUCAUGUCUCCCGUCAGUUAUACCGAGACGGUAAAUGCGGGUGUGGCGUCCACCAAAGUCCUAAGUAGGUGGCGAUGUCGUCGACGACCGCUGUGACUGGUUUUGUUGGAGGCUAAUAUUAUAACGAUAAUUGCCCGUCAAAUGUAUUUUCCGUGUUGGUAGUGCAUUUUUCGUCGUUCGUUUCCAAAUUCAUUUUUUAUCGUAUCCGGUGUAGAUAUAAUGCGCUUCCUCGUAUCGUCGGAUUCUUGCCAAAACUCAUUAACGGCAAAUUUCAAUAUAAUGGCGAUAAUGACACUGUCUAGUGCUAUAAAACAUUAUUUUCUUCUGAUUUGCAAGAGGCGUUUCAAUUGAAUUUCCUACUCUACCUAAUAUAAUAAUCAGUUUUUUAUUUUCACUAAAAUUACACUGGAUGGUGACCGUUAACACGAAAUAUAAUUUACUGCCAAUUAGUUUUGAUGAGAACCCUACGCUAUUAUGUAUGGUAAUGUUCCUAAUUCCGAUUUUUAAUGUUAAAACGUUCAACAUUUGAAAUAAUUUAUGUUAGACGUCGCUUUUUAAAGAAUUCUAGAGUCUACUGCAAUUUGGUUUUCUCUUUUUUCUUCUUUUACUGAAGGUUCGAUCUUAUAGCAAAUUUAGACAUCCAGCCAUUUCAAUCUUCUAUCCUAUGAAUGUCUACAGUAUUCUUUUUUGCGGAGUUUUUGUCAUAGAUUUUUUAUUAGAAAUUGUAUAAUGACGUUACGAAAUUUCAUUAAUGUUUUUAGAUUCUGAGUGUAGCGAAGAAUGUAUUGGUUUUAAAAAGAGGUAUAUUACAAUUUUUUUGUUUGUGUACUAUGUACAAGGUUUUACCAGAAAUCUUACUCCGAAGUAUCAAGUAUACCACCUUUUCUGAAAGGAAAUCUGACUGGGGUAGUACUUGAGGAAAGUGUUUUUUUGAUUUUCCCCGUUGUUUUCCUAAUCAAUAAGACAAACAUGGUAAAAACUGGGAAAAAAAGUUACAAUAUUAAACAAAUAUCAAUAAAGAAAAUAUAUAAUGCAUAUGCAAUUAUUUUACCAUAAUAUGACAUAAUAUAUUGUCGGCAAAGCAACACUGAACUUCGCUCGGAUUCGUUUUUUCGUUAGCAAUGGUGUUUAUCGUUGCUUUCAGAUAUACAUUAGAUUUCCCUUCUAUUAUAUCUUCCCAACUUCUCACCUACAACAGUGGCCUACCCACGUGCCUUCGCACGAAGUGUCUUUUUUCGUGUCGUUUCAUUAUUAUUUUUUUCGUUCUAAUGCCGGGCCUUAAUACCGUUGCUAUUUUUACAAAGAUCGCAUUAGCAUUUUUGACCUUUUUUUUUUUAUUUUUUCAUUAAUUUAUAGUGUACAUAUAGUGUUUAUAUCAAUUUGUUUAAAAAUUAAUUUUAUAAAAACAAAAUCUUGUCGUAGCCAAUCCUCGUAUUUACGCAUCUAUACCGUAUAAGCCAGUCGACGUAUUCGCGCACACGAAUUUAUAACCGAUCGGAGCUACCUAUUAGGCGGGCAGGCGGGCGAGCAGGCAGGUAGGCAGACAGGCAGGUAGGUAAUAAGCGAUGAUAGUAAAUAACAAUAAUCGAAGUUCUCUUCCGACGGGUCAUCGUUAUUUAAACAACGCGUGUAAAAAGCGGAGAUAGAGAGAGAGAGAGAGAGAGAGAGAAAAAAAAAAAUUGAAAAGAAAAACGUUACGCAAUGGUUCUUUCUGUACAUUAAAUACCCAUUAUCGGCGCGUAAAUACAUCGUAAACGUAUUGUAUACUCCGCAAUCGUGUGUGUGCCUCCACGUUAUAACGUAUUAGGUAUUUGACAUUGCCGCCGCCGGACGUUGCUCAAACGAUUCGGAAUAUAAUGCGUGCGUGUGCGUGUUUUUUUCCAUAAUAACAUAAUAUACGAAUUGCAUUUACGUCACACACACGCACACGAAAGACGUGCGCCGCUUUUGAUUAUAGUUAAUCAACGAUAAACCGGAAUCGUCAAUCGGCCGGCGAUGCACGGAGUCGUACAAGUACCCUGCGCGGUAGUAGUGAAAAAAAAAUGGUAGGUAGUAGAGUGGUAUAGCGGUGGUGGCGGCGGCGGUGUAAUAAUAUUAUUUUAUUAUAUUAUUAUUAUUGUAUAGGUAGUAAAAUAGCAGUUUCCCACGCGAAAGACGACACGAGUCAAAGAAACGGAAAUUGCCGGUCUCCGCGCGCGGACGGACGUGUGCGUUACCCACGCGCGGGGCGUACGCGUUUUCAGUCGUUUUUUUUUUUUUCCGCAUUACGUAGUAAAUCGUUAUUGUCCGUUAAUAAUAGAUAGAAAAAAAAAAAAUUAAUAAAUAAUAAUAAUAACAACAAUAAACACCGGAGGGUUAAUUUUAGGUCGGGGUUUUUUUCUCUCGAAAUAACUGAAAAUAUUAUAUUAUGCCCAAGUACCCGGCGAUUGAAUAGCCGGAACCAGAGCCCCGCGCGCGUUUUGUCGUUUCACGACCAAACUGCCGGUAUCCGGCGCGUGCGCGUAUCCUGCCGCUGCCGCUUGUGUGUGUUGUUGUUUUUUGUUUUUUUCCUCUCUCCAAACCGGACGCUCGUUUCCGGCAUUUCGUGCGCAUAGGAUCCGCCGUGUUGUGUGCCGCGACGACGACUCCUCUACAAUACUAUUACAUGGGUCCUUUUCGCGGGGCCUCGGUGCGCGCGUGCAAGGCGUGCGGUGCAGCGCGAAAAACCAGUACCCCGCGCGGACACGCCCACUAUAUAAUGCGUAUAAUACAGUCCGAAAAUAAGUCGUUCGGUUUCCGUUUCCGCCGCCGCUGGGAAUAAUUCGAAAAAACAUAAUAAUAAUAAUCGUCGGUAUAUAUUAUAGCGUAUACGACUAUACGACCUAUUUUAAAAACGCGCCGACCGGUGCGGAUUUCUCGCACUCUGCCGACGUUUCGUACGACGGACGCGCGACGUAGAGGAUAUCCGGCGUGGCGCGUCUACAACAUAAACACCCGUUUUAUAUUUUUAGACGCCUUCUGAAUUAUUUCCUAUUCGCAGCGUUAAAAAUAUGCCACCGCGCGUCCGUUUUCUUCGUAAAAAUCCACACGUAUUAUAAUAUCGCGCAGCCGUAAAGUAAUACAAUUAACGAGCAACGAAUCGAAACGUGUAAAUCCGUUGCAAUAAUAUUGAGUGUUGCCGGCGACACGUGUUUUCUCUAUAUUUCACGCGAAUAGAGCUUGUUUUAUUUUUCCCCCGCGGAAAAAAAGACCGGGGGGGGCAGGGGGUUGGAGGUGGCAGCUACUCGAAAUGUAAUACAACCGUUUCCGAAAAACGAAUAAUCACAACGAUAGAGCGAAGUAGUAGUACGACACUAAACCGUGCACGGUUUAUUGCAAACAUAUCGGUUAGGUUAGGUUCGAAAACCCGCGGGAAAAUUUAAUUAACUAUUCUGCGAAUUUAUGGGAAAUAAAAUAAAAACCCCGUAUAGCAUUUUGUAUUCUACGUCUUUUCUCUCCGCGAAUUAAUGUAUGACAAACGUAUCGAAACGGAUUUCAAUUAAAAUCUAUAAUCAUACGAAUUAUAUUUACUUUUGCUGGAUACAUGUUAUUAUACGAACUAUUGUAAUAUGUGUUGCGACAGAAUUCAUUUAGCACGCGAAAUAUGCGCAUUAAAAUGUACAAAUAAACACGGAAUCGUGAUUAUACUCUUGAUUAUAUUAUCACGAACCGGCAAAGAUUUCGAGUCAGUUGCACUUUUGUAUUUUUAUUUUUGAUAUCUUCCCCGUCUCUUCGUCCCGGGUUGUUCGAAAAGUGAAUAUUUUUCCUAAGGUUAACGUAAUAAUAAUACGACGAUUCAAGAAAAUUAUCACCCCCGUACUCUAAACCAGUGAUUUUCGACCUAGAAACGAGUUAGCCUCCCCUUUUUUUUUUGUUCACGUAACACGACCUCAUGAAAAAAAAAAAAAUGAUUAAUACCCUCGAUUAAUAGUAUGACGUCAUAUUGUCUGUUCAAAAUCCUUAUCAAGUACGAUUGGACCCAAAGGAAUAAAAAUGUACUUACAAAUACGACGCAAAGUAACUACAUUUUAAGUGCUUAUAUAUUUACUUAUUUUAUUCCAAAAAAUCUCAUUUGAGUAUCUCUUAAUUUAUAAUCGUCAAAUCUUAGUACCCAUUUAAAUACUCAUAUAUUUUAAUAUAAUAUGAGUCUUGGUAUUAUAUUAUGUGUUUUUAAUUGUACAAUUAAAUUGUUUGGAUUCCAACCAUCAAAUUGUUACUUACAACAGUCUGAUAAGGAGUACAUGACGUGAAGUUGUCUAACGUUAAACAAGCAUUUACGAACUUGAAUAAUAUACUAUAUACACUUCACGUGAUUCACUUAUGGUUUUUGGUGAACCCAGGUUGAAAACCACUGUCUAAACCAUGUUACAUUUUUUAAACGAGUUUAUACAUUGGAACGGCUCAUUCGAUUGUUUGAAAUUUGGGUUCUCGUUAAGUCGUCAGAUAACGCCGGGAUUUUUUCGUUUUAAAAUUUAAAAUAGCGAAUGCGUAACACAACGAUAAACGCCUGUAUUCAUGCUAAAAGAGGAUAACCGUGGUAACCGACGGUCAAUAUAUUAUGUAUUGGGUAGGUAUUGAAGUAAAAGUUUUCAAUGGGUGUACAUCGUAGUCAAUAUACAAGGACACGUCUGUUGAAUGAAAUGCUUAGGUAAAUACUUUCCAAGUCUACGCACUACGUUUAUUGUACGCCCUUUUUCUUUCUUUCUUUUUUUAUUCUAUUGAUUGUAAAAUAAUAAUUUUUUAUUGAAUUGUCCGAUUACAUUAUACGUAUUGAAUUAAAAUGUAACAAGUCGUUUCGUUUUGUUUUGGUUUUUUUUUUUUUUUAUUAUUGAAAUGUUUACUUGCAUACACUUUUUGUUCUGUAAAAUUUUGACGAUAUACAGGAUAAAAUAUAUACGUCGUAAAUCAAAUUUGCAGAGUAAGUAGGUAAGCAACAAUAAUUAAAUACAGAGUUUUAUUAAUUAAAUUCGGUCGUUUUUGGUGCUGGAGGCAACUGACGUUCGAUAUAGACGAUGAUAGACUAUAACAUUAUAGUAUACGAGAAUCAAUAUAUUUUUGACUAUGAGCUAAGCGAGAUUUAUUGUUUUAGAUUUGUUUUAUUUGUAAAUAACUUUUCAAUAGCAUAAAUCUUGCUCCAUGUAGUAGAAAAACUUUAGGUACCUAUGUAUAGGAAUUUUCUUGUAGCAUUUGAUUUGAUUCAUUAGUUGGUGUAUCGGGAAGGUGAUUUUCGAUUUUUUCCGGUAGUAGUUUUCUUAAUAAACGGGAAAGGCUGGCGAUUUCGGUUUGUUUGUGGGGAUAUCUCGGCGGAAAAAAUACGAGUAAAAUUAAUAUUCCGCUCAGAAAGGUUUUUCGUUUGGAGUGGUUUAUCGUUGCGUACGGAUAUAAAUUAAAUUACUCGUAUGUCGCUAUUGCUAUAUCGAUUCCCUUCCAAACUUCUCCCCCGAAACCCAGUGACGCGACCGUUGUCAGCGUUGUCAGUCUUUUAUAAAUCGGCCAAUCACAAAAUAUCAGUCUCACGAAUCACCCGCGAUUGGUGGUGAUUAAUGUGCAGUAGAGGAUCGCCGGUGACGGUUGAUUGGUGGCUCUGUUAUACGACGCUGUACAGCGAUAGUUUAUCAAUCGGACGAAAGUCUACGUAACGCGAGCACACUACUACGUAUACGCGUACGUACACGUGCAAUAAUAAACGUAUAGGCGGUGGCGGCUCGAAAGGGGGAUACAUUUGAAUCGCGCGAUUCGCAAAAAAUUAGAGCCGUGGGUGCCCGGGUGCAUCAGAAAUGUGGAAAAAAAAAUCCCUUUUAUGUUUUUAUCAAAUAAAAUUCAUUAUGCGAAUUUGAUUUGAAUUGGUUAAAUUUCAAUACACUCGCGGUAGGGUGAGAGUAUUUCGGGUCGGCGUGGACGGUUGGAAAAUUAAAUGGGUUAUUCGAGGUAAAAAUACUCCGAGCCGCCACUGCGUAGUAUAGGCAACGGUGAUAACAACUUUACCCGGUUUCGGGGUGACGGGAAGGAAGAGGAGGAGAGUGACGACGACGUGAUGCGUGUACCCGAGAGCAUGCGGCGGCACAUUGCGUUCGGAACGCGUGCGGUGACCUAUAUAAUUGUUAUGGGCCUCGGACGGGACGAAUCGAUACGCGAAGCUCUGAGCCUAGAAAUAGGUCAUCCCUGUGUGUAACGGCCGCGUUGUCGUCGUCGGCAGCAGCAGGCCCGUGUAUUUUAUUCGAAAACCCCGGUUUUUUUUAUUAUUUUUUUUUUUUAUGACGUUAAUAAUAUUAUAUUCAUUGAUUUCCUCGACUCCUUGUGUUCGGUUCGAACCUCGGCUGCCGUAAACAGUCGUCUUCGGUUGAAAACUGCACUCGGCCACAGCCCAGAGUGCAUAGAAUAAUUAGGCGGUCGGAAAAUAAAAAAAAAAACACAGCGGCUCUUAUAUAUCAUACAGAAAUUAAAAUCGCGGAAAAUAAUUACCGGGAACAUAAUAUAUAUAUAUAUAUAUAUAUAUAUAUAUAUAUAUAUAUUAAUAAUACUAUUUAAUAAUAUAACGUAAAAUGAUUGUAAUGAAAGAUAAAAUGUCGGAAAUCCAAUGUAAACGAGAGAUCAUUUCUUUGGAAAAUGUGAUAACCUCGGUCGCUAACCGUUUUUCCGUAGUACUUUUGUGGUCGAUCUGCCGUGAUUAUCACGUUUUCCAUAAAAUUAUCGUUCCGACGUUUAUUUAUCUUUCAGUAAAAUUAAUUCCCAUUCAAAUUAUUUUCAAACACUUCUUUACUUCCGGCUAAUUAUUUACUAUAUUAUAGACCGUUUUCCACGUGCAGUACAUUUUCGCCCGUUAAUUGUUCGUAUUGUAUUCCAUAUUUCCAUCAGAUUAGGUUUCUCCGGAUGUAUAUUCAGUGACAAUAGAAGCAGUCGUUUUCAGCAUAGGUAUUUUCCCUGACGUUAUUUUCCAACGGAUUAUAGCCACGUGCCGUAUACGGCCGGCCGCCCUCUCCGAUGACCCUUUUGACGGUACGGGUUUUCUCUCGAUAGACGGUUUUUUUGUUAAAACUAUUUUGUAUAAAACAAUAAUAAUAUCGACCGUGUGUGGGCGAUUUUCAGUUCACGAUAAACCGGUUAACGUCGUCCGUUUGGUCGUUUACCGAAAAAAGAGUCACAUUUUCGUAAUUGCCGCCGCAUCAUCGGUAGGCGUUCUCGAGGGGGUAGGUUAUCCUGUACAGUAUACGUAGGUUGUCGUUAUAAUAAUAAUAAUAAUAAUAAUAAUAACGACGACGACGAGAAGUGUUUCGGUCGCGGUCGUGACCCAUUUUGUUUUUUCGGUCCCCAUCACGAGAAACCGGCGUGAGGAGGCCUCGCGAAGACGAACGGAUGCGUUUGUUUAUUUAUAUAAUAUAUAUUUUUCGUGUAUUAUCCUAACCGCGUAGUAUACGACGUGUUGACGAGCUGUUUUUCUGAGUGUUGUUUAAAAUAGCGCAUUACAUAAGUCGUAUAUAAAACCCGCGUAUACGCUGCAACAAUAAUAAUUGGAUCUGUGUUAUUAUUAUUUUUUCUCUCCCGUCCGGGGAUUAACGCGCACCCGGGACCAUAUGCGCGCACGUAGGUAGGACGUACCUAUAUAUAUAUUUAUAAGUAUUAUGUUAUAAGUACAAGUAUAAGGGGUCGUUGUCGUCGCGUGGUCGUUAAUAAAUCAUCCGGUUUUAUUGGCAGCCGGUUUCCGGUGGGCCAAUUUUGAUUUCCGGUCGGGCGUCCGCUAUAAUGGGGACCGCAUACUGUAUACGCCUAUAUAAAUAAUACGUAUAAUACUUAGACUUAUACUUAUAUUGUAUACGUGUAGUGGCCGUGUGCGUACACUCUCGUAUAUAAUAUUCGGCUGCAACGGCGGCGGUUGUUAUAUAGGUGGCCCGAUCGAUGCCGCCCGGUCCAGAUGACGGCGACGACGAUGACGACGGCAAGAGGUCCUUUGUGUGAAGCGCCAACGUUAUAAGAGCGGCGGCAGCGGCAGGAGAGUAUAAUAUUGUACAAGCGUAGAAGGGGCGGCGGAAAAGACAGAGAGAAAGAAAAAGAGAGAGAGAGUGAAUGAGUGCGGGGAAGUUAAGAGGAGUGUGGAAAUGAAUAAGGCGGCGGCGCCCACUCAUCAUCGUGAACCCACACGCGUACGUACACACUACACAUACACACACACACACACACACACACACACACACCAAAUAUUCUACGGAAUGUUUUCUUUACUGACGAAAUAAAUGAAAAAAAAAAACGAAAGUCUACGAGCGUGGGUGGCGGAAAAUCUGAUUUGAAGUGUAUACACUUGUACGCUGUAGUAUAUACGCGUUAAAAAUAUACAUUUUGAUAAAUCUCUGUAUAUACUUAGAAAGUUUUGAACGUUUUUCUUUAAAAAAAUAUUAUUGCAUACGCACACGUAAAAAAUUCCUUUUAAUAAACUUCGUUUAAUACAUAUGGGACGGGUUUAUGAUCGAUUCUGAGCAACGAGGAAUUUAUUAGUGUUUUACUUCGAUGUGUGUUUUUUUUUUUUUUUUUUACUGUUAACAACUUACCGGAAGUCAUGCUCCAAUCGAAAAACGACAAGAGGGGUUUAUGUGUAGUGUUUUUGAUUUAGAUGACGCAUUGGCGGGGUCAUUUUUUGAUUUUCGAGCAGUUUUCAUAAUAAUUGAGAAUACAGCAUAAGACGAUUUUUGACUUAGAGGCAUUUGAAAUUUUGGAGUUUAUAUUAGUUUUAAUUUCAUUUUAUGCGGACAACAUUUUUCAGCUGAUCAGAGCUGUUUAUGCAUUUUACACGGGGCUCAUCAUAAGUUAUACUUAGUGGUAAAAAAAAGUUUAGUGUAAUAUUAUAGUUUAUUUUUAUGUACAUGUACGAGUAUUUUGCGUUUUAAUUUUAAAUUUUUAUGGAAAUCUUAAAAAUCACGCCAUUUUGCAUACUAUUUUUUUAUUUAUGUGAAUACGAUUUUUGGCGAAGCCAAAAUGUUUGAAAAUCGAAACCGAGAUUUAUUACAAGAUGUAUUUUGAUGUUUUUCAAAACAAGUCGAGUGUAAUGUAGUAAUUUGUUUUCAUAAUCAUAUUUUAAGUUCAAAUUUUGACGAAAAUCGUAAAAAUCAUCGCAUUUCAAAACAUUUUUAACAUGUUUCGUUCAGAAUCGUAUUUUAUUAGCAACGUUAAAUCGCUGUGUACAGAUACAAAUUUAUUAACUUUACGUAUACUAUCUUUCCAACUUACCACCAACAACAGUACACACAUUAACAAUAUCAGUUUCUUUUUCUUAUAUAUACUUAUACUUAUUUUUACUUAAAAUAACAGCUUUUUAUUUGGAAACUCAGUAGUAGCGUAUUUAUAAGAAGAGAUGGAAGGAGGGUAGAGAGAGGGUAUAUAUACCCUCUUGGCUUUUUUUUGGUAUCUAUUAUUUAUAUGACUAGAUACUUAUUUUUAAACUCUAAUUUCUUUACUUUUUAGUCAGAUAAUUCAACAAUUUAAUUGUGUUAGUAUACAGUUAUUUUUUUUAAAAAAAAAAACACCCUGAACAUAUACGUUUACUUAUAAACUAUCGUUUCCGAACCACUAUAAUAUCUGAUGAAGGAGGUUAGAUAGGUUAUAAUAAUUUUUUGCUUAUAGUUAUUUGAUUUCGAUGAUAAUAUUGUUGUACAGAUUGAAUUUUAAUUUGCUUACGUACAUUUGUACGUGAAUUAUUGGAAAUAGAUCUUUUUUUAUUGCUUUUAUAACGCGUGUAAUAUGAUACGGAUAAUUUCCAAAUUCAAUGUCGCCUCCUUGGCAUAAUCCUAAACACGCACGCCACUGCAGAUGAGAACGAGUACAGUAUAUGUACCCAAGUCGUAAUAAUUUUAUAUAACCAAGUCGGAUCCAAAAUUUUCAAAAAUAACUCUGCGUGUUACAAUAUCAUAAUGUAUAAAUCAUGAUAUAAUAUUGUAUGUAUCGAUGUAAAGUUACAUAUUAUAAUAGUUUGACUGGACGCCGAAUAAUGCGUUACAAAAAAAAAAAAAAAAAACCGCGUUCUAUGAAUAGGCCCCCGAAGCGUUAUAUAGGAUUUCAUCGUGUUAUACCAUGUGUUUGUACGUGUUGAAAGACACCUCGAGAGUCGAGAAUAUUAUUAUAAAUUACCACUUAUAUACUUAUUAACAAUACGUACAUAAUAUAAUACGAACUCGACGUCUAAAUAAAUAUCGUCCAUGUGUUACGUGUGAUACAUGCGUACUAUACGUACGAUAACACGGUCGUAUAAUGCGGGCGAAGCGUUUAAAAGACGUUUGACGUUUUUCAAUAUAUUCUCUGUACAUAAUCGUACUAUAAUAAUAAAAUUAUAAUAAUAUAUUGUAAUCGAAUUCCGGAGUAAAUAAUGAUGCGCAUAAGUAUAAUAAUAUAAUAUUAUUCGUAUAUCGGUCUGGUGUAAACCCAUUGAAAACUAUAUAAAUUAUAAUAAUACGUAUGUUAAGUAUUGGGCAUUUAGCUUGUCAUUAUACAUACCUACGUUUAUUAUUUAGGGGGUUUUUUUGUGAAGUGCCUAAUAAAUUAAAACAUUAAACCUAUAACCGUGUUUUAUAUGCGUAUAUAAUAUACAAAAUAAUAAUAUACUGUUGUGUAUAUAUCGGAACGACACGAGGAAAUAAUAAAAUUGAGGUUUUUUUUUUUCUUAACCCUUCACAUACUAUACGCAUUAAAUACAUAUUAUAUGGUAUUUUUGGACCUAGUCUCGCGUCGUAAAGGAACGGAAUUCGUUUUUAUUAUUAUUGUUAUAUCAGCGUGUACUGCAUUGUAUAGAGAGAUGCGUUCCUAAAAUAACAAUUUUGUAUAUAGGUAUACAAUAUUGUCUCCGAGUCUUUGGCGAAUAAAUGAUACGGCGUAAUAGAAAAGCUUUGUUGAUAGAGUCUAUUCGUUUUUUUUAGAACGGCGUGUAUUUGUUUAACAUUAAUAUUAUACGGAAAUUUAAAGUUUGUUUACAUUUCAUUCCGAAAACUACGCCCCGUCGUCGAAAACUCGAUAGUUGUAUAUUGUACGGUCGGUACAUAAACGAUUAUAUUUUAUUAACGGUCAUUUAUAAGUUAGGUAUAGGUACUUAAACUCUGUAUAGGAUUGUGUACAGAAUUUCGAUUUAUGUGGUUUUUAUAAACACGUGUAAACUUCCAUUCGACAACCACGAAAAUACCCAUAUCACGUUUGUAUAUUCUAAGGUCUUUCCAGUAGACUUUUUAAUUUUGGUUUAGUACUAUAAAAAAGUAAUUACUAAUUAUUUUUCUGUAGUAAGUAUAAUGGCGUAUAUUCAAUAUAAAGAAAACUAUCGUUGGUUUAGAAACGUCAUCACCGUACAAAUGAAACGUACUUAUAUAGGUAAUUGGUCGAAGUGCGAAGCUAUAAUAUUUUCUCGUGUACCUUGUGUACCGUUGUAGAGUUGAUUUGUUUAGAAAGGAUUAUAUUGUUUUUAUUUUUAUUUUGCUAUUGCAACUACGCAUUUUUUUUUUUAGAGUUUUAUUACUACUUUUGAUAUAAUCGAUGCGUCGGAGAUGUCGUUUCCCUUCUCUACUUUUCUUAUUAUUACUAUAGUAUGUUAUUAUACUAACGAAUCUCUUAUUGUAAUUUUUCCAGAGAAUUUCGACACCUUUCAACAGUCAUAUCCGGAAUGGUGCGAGUCGUUUUUGGAACGUUGUGCCCGAGCUAACGACGACAUGACCGGUUUUAUCGGCGACACGGACACUCUGAUGGGUCUGCGGUCGUUGCAUAUCACCCCGUCGCUCGUGCCCAACAGUCGGCCUUCCCGUCGCCAGCAUCAGUUGUUGUCCAUGCUCAGCACGUCCCCCGAGAGCUCCGGAGGUUCAGACAUCGAUAGCCUGUCGGACGUGGACAGUUCCAGUUCGAUAUUGGGUUUCGACGAGGACCGCGACUUUCCAGUGGAAAUACUGCCAGACCUGUUUCUCGGCAACGCGGCCAAUUCCGAAGACUUGGAAUGGCUUAAAAAACACCGGAUAGAAGUAAGUGCGAUAACGAUAUUCUGUCUGACCGCAGCCGUGUACACUUUUUAUCUACUACCACAAUAAUAUGUCAUCAUUGCAGUAAAUAGCGCAAAUUUCACAUGACUGCGUAGUGUCAUAAUCUCCAAAAAAACGACACCGCGGUUGGUUUGGACGGUGUAAAUUAUGUUUGAGAAGUAUUUCGUAUGUGAUCGAUACUUCAAUUUGAUAAUGAGUUGUCUACGAAAAUUAUAUCCCACUGCAGGUAUACUCGUAUAGUGUGGUAUCACUGAGAUAUUUACCGCGUGGAGUGUACACGAUGAGUGUAGUCAGAUGGAAAACGUUAUUGUAUUCAUUAAACAUUAUAGUGAGUCGUGUUUAAUCGGCGAUUCGUUCGUUUUUUUACAUAGUAUAUUUUGAACGUUACGUCGGAUUUGCCGAACACAUUCGAAGAGCAAGGUAACAUUAAAUACAUGCAGAUACCCAUUUCCGAUCACAUCGGACAAAAUCUUGCCAGCUUUUUUCCUCAAGCAAUAGAAUUCAUCGGUGAGUAGUUUUACAAUGUAUACCUAAUUAUUUUCUGUUCGAUAUAUUAUUAUGUUUUAAUACGAUCUCUCGGGUUUGUUAAUUUACUCCGUUAGGUUUCCCCGUCAUCACCAUGAUCAUAUUAUGCUACCCACAAUGUUAUACGAUAUUUAUUUGUAUUUAGCGGGCACGGAAAUAGUUUUUGAAUGGUUUUACGGUUUAAUUUUAAAGCUCGAAUUUGUAUUGUUGAACAUCGGCAUCUUUAUUCUAUUGCAGAUUAAGGUUUAAGCACCGUAAAUUUAAAAAAAAAAAUUGAUAGAUUUUUUACGUACCUACGAAUUUUAACUUAACUUUUUAGUUGUACAAUGCACGUACAUUCGGUUCUUUUAUUAGUCGAUUAAAAAAAAAAAAAAAAUUCACAUAUUACGCUGCAUUAUAUUACUCAUUAUAAAUUUAAUACACACCGCUCGUUUAUGUUUUAUUAAUUACUGCCGUUAUGUUCUUUUUGAAUAUUACUUUUAGGUCGCCGCGGCUAAUUGGUCGUAAUAUUAGAAGUUAAUAGAAUAUUAAUAAGAACGACAGUUAACGAAAUAAUAUACGCGUGUUGUGUUAACAUCACGCAUUAUAUUAAUGUAUAUUGCAUAUAAGUUAACGAUGUGUAUAUUAUACAUAUAUACAGGGUGAUUAUUUUUAUCACGAACCAUCUACUUGUUCUAUAUGAGCAAAUUUCGGAGUAACUGAUUUUGGUUUUUUCGGCCGUAUUUCUAUUUAACUUUCUAAUUAUUUCUAUUUACUAAAUUGUUCGAAAAAAAAGUAUGUUUUGUUUUUAAAUGUUACUAUAUCCGUGACGUAAAAUGCGGAAAUGUAGCUGUAGCGAAGAAUGACGACGGGAUCAAUAUGGACCGAGACAAAAUCAAAUGAGAAGGUAUUGCGAGUGAUCGGGAGACGAAAUAAGUUUGAUAACACAUAUCUCGUAAAGAAAGACUGGAUACAAAGAGAACGACUAAGAGCAUCUUACUUUCAAGACGUGAAGACCGUAGUGAACUGCAACGCCCAUAUAGAGGUGAAGUCCCUGGCAGUCGACAGAGACAUUUGGCUAUGAUGUUGCCUUUAGUGUAUAGAUAAAUAAUAACAGUCAAAAACUUCAGCCGGAAGGAUUUGUAUAAUAUAAACAGUAAACACGGAUAUGAAACGCGUAUUGCUCAUGUUUAACAUUAUAACCCGUAUACAACCAUAAUAUUCCGUUUUCGAUUUUAAAGGUCGCUAUUUGAAAAUCAAUAGUGUAUUUACGGCGGUAUACGAAAUAAGACGAAAAUUAUAUUAUUUUUAGAAUCAAUCUUAAUCUAUUCGUAAACAUAAUCGUUCUGUUCGUGAUGAACAAAAAUCAUCGUGUGUAUAUUAUGGAAAUGUGUUUGCGGCUCGCGUGUAUAAUACGCAAUAAUAAUUGUGCUGAGAAGAGAAAAGAAUCGACACAUCGUCGGAAAAAAUCGACUUACAGACGCCGAGAAAAUCGAAACACACCGCGAUCGUUCGGGGGAAGAGAAAUCUUGGCGACUGUGUUUUUUUUUUUUUUUUUUUUUUAAAGCCUUAAAUAGACCCCGAAAAGAAUUUUAAUUAAUACAUAUACGGGCGAUGUGGAGUGCAACAGCAGCAGCAGUAGUAGUUCAAAAGGAGACGUUUAUUUUUCUCGACCGCCGUAUAAUUAAACACGUAUUUGAAGUAUAUUUAAAAAAAAAAAAAAAAAAAAGGUCUAGCGUGUGAUUUCUUGGCAGUACGACCACGAUGACGAUCAUUUCGUGAACUUCUUCUUAUUACUCGGGGACUUGAGACGUAUUAAAUUUAGUGGCGGCGGCGAUGUUGUUAUGUCGAGUAUUAUAAUAAUAAUAAUACUCGUCUCGUAACGCCGCCGCCGCCGCCACGCGUAUUUCGUGUGACCGGGGAGAAUCCGUGAAUGAAGACGCCCACGCAGCAGCAAGUCCGACGCCGCCGGUGUGUAUACGCGCCGAACGGGUCGCCCACGCGCGCGUCGCCGCCGUGUCCGGAUUAUAACGCCGGUGUACACGCUAUAUAAGUAUAACAGGUACGGCACCCGACUAUAAUAUAUAUAUGUGUAUGUGUACAGGGUGUUUCUGGAAUUACCGAGAAAACUGUAUGUCAUAUUAUACUCGAAACGAAAAACACCCCUCUUUAAAAAACCGAAACUGAGUAAAAAUAUCUCCGGAUCUAUAAUAUCCGAGUAAAAAAAAAAGUUAAAAUAAUAAUACCCAGUAAUAAAAUAUAAAUAACAGUGUUUUGAAAAUCUUUUGUUGUCUUCGGAUAUUGCAUUAUAUUAACUAUGCAAUCAAGAAUUACUUUUAAUGUAUACGUAUAUGAAUAACAACAUGAUUAUUUAUCGAUUGUUAUACAUUUAUACUUUGAUAUUAUAGAUCUGGAUAUUUUUACCAGUUACCAUAAAAAGUCGCGGUCGGUUUCCAUAAACGCGACGGGAAAUAACAUACUGGAUUCGGCCUUUCGGAAGAUUCGGCUUUUCGAAAAUUGUAUAAAAUGUCGAUUCGUUUAGGAAAUAAUCUGCAAUACGGAUUUUACGAUUUUUUUUUUUUUUACGAAGUAUACGCCAAAAAACAACAUUUUUACUAAUUUUGCAUAUUAUAUUACUACGAACCCAAAGCUCGAAUCCCGGUUGGUCCGGUCGAGCUCACAUCUUACGUAAAAUUCCCCGAAAUUGUCGACUUCGAAAAUAACCGAAACCCUAACGUACACGGUGCCCGAAAGACGCGAUAAUUUUGAAAUUUUUUUUGUGCCUCAAAAACAUUCACUUUAUACACUUGUGAAUAUUCGGGAAAGUUUCAUAGAGGAAUAUUCCGCGAUAUUAUUUGCCGCUUAAUUCUCGUACGAUUAGCUUUCGAUUUAGAAUUUACUGUGUUGGUAAGGGUGUAUAGUAUAGGUAAAUUAUAUGCCGGCCACGUGACCGAAAGCCCUUAUAAAAUAUCGUUUACUAUUCAGUAAUAACCGAUUAAGUUAAAUACUAUUCGGCCAACCGUUAAGAAUAAUUGCACCAUCAGCACUCCGUUUUGUAGAACACGUGUAUUUGCAUGUAUAAUUUGUUUGUCGACGUCUAUCGUACCUAAUUAUAGUCAACAAGGUUAGAUUUUCCAAUAAAGCGUAUCGCGUUUUUGUCAAUUUUACUACGCCACUUUUAACCGGAUGCGUCUGCGGUUGUCGUCGAUACACAUAAUCCGAUCGUGAUGAUAUUCUCGGUAAAAUGUUCGUAUAAACGUACAGAUGUGUCACUUUUUUCAUUUUGACGACAUUAAAAGCGUCAAAUGUACGACGUGGUGUUAUAUCGAUUCGGUGACGAAUACCGCGGAAUAUUUAUUUUUCAGUUAUCGCGCGAAUAUUCCACGAGCGUAAUAAUAAUGUUAAAAAGUCUAGGUUCCGGCGAUAAACACAUUAUCGUCAUUCGGACGCCACGCCGCCGCGGGUACCCGUAUAAUGUUAUAGUAUUUCUCCAUUCAUUUCCGAAACACUCCGUAUAUAUUAUAUACAAUUACGCGGCGGCGGCAUUUCGGGGAGUUUGGCGUUCCCAUCAACAAGUUACGAGCGGUCCGCGGCGUGGUCGGGACGGGUGAUGGUGCGGGUUUACGCGGAUCGAUCGGCGAAGGAGUGUAAUACGGCGUGCGGCGAGCGAGAAACGAAAUUUUAUCAAUGAACGGCGAACUUUUGAAUGAGAGGAGGAGCCCCGCCGCAUGGCAUUGUAAUGUGUCGUCGCACGCGCGCCCCGGCGCCUCGUUCCGAUCAAUAUCCGGGUCAAAGCCGCCGCCGCCGCGCCGCCCCAGCAGCCGUGAUGCGAGGCGCGUGUGUGCUUUACGGUUUCCGUAUAUGUGCCGGCACCGUUCCGGUGCCGUCCCACGCGGGGACCGACGCGAUGAUGAUGCACCCUCCGUCGUCGUCGUCGUCGGCGUUCGCGCUCAAAAACGUUCGACGCGCGUGCGCCCCGCCGAAACACCCCGAACGAUAUCGGUCACCGUGCGACGGGGAAACGUCUCGUUGGCCGCCGUCGCCACGCGCCCGUAUGCCGGCUUACGGGUGUGCCCCUGCAAUAAUACUAUACUAUACGGCGGCGGCGGCGGUGGCGGCGGGGUCGCGACGUGCGUGACGCGGCGGCCCUUUACGCCGACGCCGGAUAAUUAUGUGUGUCGUCGCGACGACGUUACGAUAAAAUAAUGGCUCCCCGAGAGAGACGACCCUGAGACGACACGUCUCCGGACAUUCGCGAUAUAGUUACAAUGACAGACGGGAAUUUUCCGUUGGGCCCUUCUUGUGUAGGUAGGCCUUGAUUUAUACACGUUUUACCACUUGAAUUUCCUCAAAUUGCCUAUUGUAAAUUUGCGAUUUGUUAAGGAAGGAAGGAAGGAAGGAAGUAAGCAAGCAAGCAGGUGGGUAGGGACAGCGUGUGACGGCUGGACAGGGCCGGUACUCGGAGAAUGUUUAUGAUUUAUGUUUGUAAGCGAGGCCUACUUAAAAAUAACUGCCCGGCACAAAAAUCGAAUCCAGUACGCGCCUGUUACAAAGACGCGCACACGAUAUUAUAUAAUAACACACGCGUUAUAUAUUGUUUUUCGUGACGUGCCAAAAAAAAAAAAAAAAAAAUAAAUGAGAAAAAAAAAUAGUACUUCCGGUCACUUUAUCGCGAUGUAUAUAAUUACUGCAAUCUCGCGAAAAAAGAAAAAAAAAACCGUGUCGGAGAUUGCACGCUUUAAUACACCACCGUGCGUCGCGAUGUAGAAUGAAACACAGUUAAUUCGCAUUUGCCGAGGGUUUUUUUUUUUUUUUCAGUUUUUCGUGUCGCAUUCGUGUUUUAUAAAAAUGUGUACUGUUUAAACUCUCGGUUUUUACGUUACCGAUCGUUCGGAUUUACUAUUUGAUUGUAUGUUAACGGAUUGAUAAAUUCCGAAAAAAAAACCGUUUAGACGCCGGGGCGUGUGAUGCGCAUAGUGGACGAAGAAAAAUAUCGACGGAUUGAUGUACGCCGCAUCUAGGGAUGGUCGGAAAGACAUAGAGGCCGCCGUGCAAAUAGUUUUAGCCGGUCCGCGGGAUAUAGCCGAACGACGGUGGUUACUGUCGCGAGUUUCGUUGCGACUGUCGUACGAAAACAAAAUUCAAUGGUAUAUAGUGAAUUUCUGUACAGUAUAAGCGUCGUAUAUUACGUGAAAGUAGUGCGAAACGACAGUAAAACAGCGUAUGAUACAAUGUACAACCAUAAUAUAACUCGGGAUGGUUGCUUUCGCGAUUGAUCAGCAGUUAAUAUCGCCCCUUGUUUACACUAUGCGGCACCAGAAUUCGUCAACGAAACGGGGUCCAAACAUGAUAAACGAUUUCAUUGCACGGAAAAAUACGCAUUUUAGAUUCUGAGCUAAGCCAGUUGGUUUUAUUUGUUUAUUAUAACAGUUUGUAAACUUUAAACUCUAAAUUUUUUUUAAACUUUUCUACCCGAAAUAUUGCUCCGAUUUUCAAGUGUAAUACCUUUUCUGAAAAGAAAUUUUAUCCGCGCGAUACUCUAAGGAAGUUGUCUUUUGAUGUUCCUAGUGGUUUUCAUAAUAAUUCACCACCGCGGUCGCGACACUACGCACUACGGUGACAGUUCGUAAUGUGAUAACAUACGGUAACCAUAAAGGUUGCGGAUUUCGCAAUAAUCACGUUAUAGUGUAGCGUACGACCUAACUUCGUUGUAGUAAUUAUCGCUCGGACCGGCCGCAUUAUGGCGUUUCUCUGUAAAAAUGUUACGCCGCACGCACCACCCGCGGGCCCGGCAGUGUUGCUCGGCGGAAGUUUGCCCGUGGAAACCGAACCGCGCGUAGGCCGCUCGGCGAACGAAGACGCGAAUAACUAACAAAGUUUGAUAAAACCCCACUCCCGGGCUAUGCGCGUCAUAAUGUAAUAUAAUUGUAUUCAUUUAAAACGUGUUCGCGCUCGCUGACGACGGACGAUGAUUGUUAUAUUAUAUUAACGCUGCAAUAAAGGCCGGGGGAUUUGUUGCGUACUGUUUGCGUUCACGCUUUUUCCAUUAAUUAGUUUAAAAAUCACGCCACGGGGAUAACGAAUUUGAAUAAUCCGCGAACGAGUAGCGGGCGGGUUAAAUCGGAUUUCUUUUCGAAAACUAAACGCGUACCCCGCCUACCGUGUUGAACGAAAACGUUCAUUGGCGCCGUCACAAUCGACGCGACGAUCGGUAAGUUGUGUGACGUCACAUUAUGUGAUAACGAAAUCCUUAUCGGGUACGAUUGGUUCCAAACGAAUAAAAAUGCGUACACACUUGACGCGUGUUGCGUAAGGCGACUUUUCAAAUUCCCACGUUCUACAUUUUAAGCAUCACUUCGAUGUUUAUCUCGUUGCUAAAAACCCCGUUCGAGUAUUUCUAUGCAUUUUUUUUUUUUAAUAAUAGCGAAAUCUCAGUAUUUGUAAAUACUCGUGUUUGACGUAUGCGUCAAAAGAAAAAUAUUAUUCUUGUUUUUUUAUGACAUGACUAUAAAAACCGUUUGGAACAAUUAACGGUCUAAUUGUUGUAUUGAUAACAGACCGAUUGGAAGAUUAUGACGCACGCACUGAUCGCCUCCGUAAGGUUUUUAUUAUUUUUACGCGCGCGUGCCGUAUAUUUUAGAGAAACAAAUAUUAUAGACGUGCCUCUAUAGGGGAUUCGCCUCGUUUUUCGCCCUCCUUGUAGAUUUUCAAAAAAAUCUCAUUUUCCCCCUAUAAACUAAAAAUAUGAACUUGUCGUUAUUAAUUUUAGAUAAUAUGAUCUCUCGCGUGAAACUCGCGUGUUUUAUAUUUUAUUCUUACAAUUUUUGUGACCGCUAUAUUACCUCCCUCCCAACGCAGUGCCUAAAUUCUAGUGGAAAUCGAUGGGGUUUUUUUUUUGGUGAUUUACUUUUAAAAACUAUUAUUCUACUAUUAAACUACUAUUAUUUUUUAUUAUCUAUGGAUCGACCUGCCGAAAAAACGUUCACGAUGAUGAGAGAUAAGAACGUGAAUCGCGAUACUGUGAUCUGCGGUAUCGCAGUGGUUACACUGUGUUCUUUUCCGUCACAGAUGAGGUAGGACAGCCCAUUCGUUACUUUAUUAUCUAGGCUGUAUCCGAGUUCAGUCCUAAACGUAAAAUUAUAAUUUAUGAAUAUACUAAUUCCGUCCAAUAAAAUAUAUUUAGUUAUAAAAGAUCCGUUCCUUUUUGCAUUUUCUACACUAUAUUAAUAUAGUAUAAAAUGUACGACUUUUAUGUUAUUUAGAAAUAAAGAUAAUACUAUUCAACAACUUUCCAGUCGUUAUUCGUGCCUCUGCGUGUCUAGAUUUCUUAUUUUUUAUUGUACUGAUUUAAUAGUAUUAUAAUUUAGUUAACCUUCUUUUUAUUAGGGACGUAAUUGGUAUAUAAACUUUUUACCCUGGACGGAAUCGGUGUAUAUUUUUUUCGUCACCCAGGAAGGAAUUGGUGUAAAAAAAAAAAAAAGGUUAUUAGGACGAAACUCGGAUGCAGCCAUUUAUCUAUAUGGAGAUUUCGCGCGUCGAGACUGUUUUACGAUACGUAUACAUUGUUAACCUUAUCACGUUAACUCGAAUAGUUAUUGAUAAUAAACUACUCUACUCUACUGUAUGUUUUCGAACGCAGCCCUGGAAUUGUUUUAACAUAUUUGUUUUAUCUGUUGAAUCACUUUUAAAAAAUGAUUUCCAUUUGUCCGUGACAACGACUUAACGUAGGCUUAGCCCCCAAUUUCCGUCUAUGCUAAAGGGCAACUAGGCAUACAAAAAAUGUAUUUAAUUAAUCUUAUCGAACGGUUUUUUUUCGAUUUUGAUAAAACUUUGUACACUCGACAUUCAAUACAACGUAUACUUUUUAUCUUGACAUUCCGCCCAGAAAUUUUAAUUUAUUUUUUUCCCGUGUAUACUAUAUACACGUCCGAAACAGUGAACAUUCGAAACUUUUUGGCUGAUCGGCAACGAUUUUAAUAAUACUCGUGUUGGCGGAGACGCGUGACUCGACGGCUUCGCCGAGUGAUGCUGUGCGGCAAUACUAUUAAACGCGCUGCGGGCUUAUAUUAUAGUUCCGGUGACGCGAGAUUUUUGACGUUUUUACGCGGCUACCGUCGAGGAAUGCGAUCAAUUUCCACGUCGUUUAAAGUUCAACGCGUGUAAAACAACGUGCGCGCUAUUAAUUACGGUGACAACGCCGCGAAUAUCGUGUACGGAGCGGAGGAGAGAGCCGCGUCGUCGUUUUCGCGUUUAUUAAAAAAAUAAAAAAACAACUUAAAACGUUUUCAUUUAAUUACUCGGUUGUUGUUGUUGUUGUUGUUGUCGCGGUCGUUAAUAUUUAUAAUCGGUCCGCAGAGGUAUACGCAAUCAUAAUAAUAAUAAUAAAGUAUUAAAAUCUUUUUGAUGCGCGCGCCAGCGAUGCCAACAAUUUUAUAUUUUGGAACACAAUGAUGACACGGGGCGACGACGACGACUAAGUCGCGCAUAGAUCAUACCGGCGGUUUGUUAAACAUCAUCAUCGUCGUCGUGGUGUUUUUUUAAACCACAGGGGGAAGGGGGGUGGUGGUGGAGAUAAUUUACGAUGAUAAGCGGCCGCGGCGGCGGGCCGUGUCGUCGUCAUCGUCGUCCGCGGAGGAGGAAGAAGAAGCGCUUUAAAAAUAGAUUUCGCCCGCUGACUUUUCAGUAUAUAAUACAAAUAAUAUACAGUUGCGCUUUUUUUUUUUUUUUUAUAUCGAGUUAAUCUCCUGUCGUCUCGUUGAAUAGAAAAAAAAAAAAAGAAGAAGCAUUUUCGGAGAACUACUGGGGUGAAGUAAACAUACCGCACCGCCGCCGUCGCACAGACAUUUUUUGAACGUUUUCCCGGAUCUCUCCGUAAAUUCGCCGUUAGUAUUUUAUUAUAAAAAAAAAAAGUUUCGCUUAUAUUAUUAAACUUUCACGAUAUUCGAGUGGGCCGCGCAACAUCAUCACGACCGAUAUCCGACGAAAUAUCGCGAGCCUCAAGACUUUUUAUAAUAUAAUACACGAUAAAAUAUUUCUCAUUCGUUAUAGGACGUACGUUAAAAAAAAAAAAAUUUUAAAACUCAGUUCAAAACCUCGCAAAUUCAAAAUAUUUGUUUUCCUAGCUCUCUAUAGGCCUUUUGCUGCUUCAAUCCUUCCGUUUAUCUCGGUUAUUUUCGCUUUUUCCAAACUUGCUAACUGGUACAUUACUCGUGUGAUUUUUCCCGGACCACCAAAUAUGCUGCCGCCCGUCCAUUAUAUAAUAGCUUUUGAGUACAAGCCAUUUCAUGGUAUAUAUUGGAUCCAUUGAAAUUGCUCUCGAUAUCUGCGUUAAUACUUUCUUUUGUACCGCUCUGUUCCCGUGUUUUAUACUCUUUUAAGAACCUUUCUUUCAAAAGCCUCAAUAGUUUUAUCUAAUCAUAUUUGUGCGCGAUUAACAACAGCAUACACGACGUGCCAUCGUCAGUGGACAGUUCUUCCCCCAAAUCAACACGCCACUGAAUAUUGUUAUUUUUCUCCCUUUUGCUUUUUGUUUCACAUACGAACAUAUAUCUUAUAUUGUUUCGAAUAGUAAAAAAAUAAAAUCAACUGUAUACAGGGCCGUAAGAAUGGAAUAUACAAAUGUUCUGGGUCUUUCUGGACACAAAUGUUUAGACUUAAAUAUUUUGUUCACAGCUGUUUAAUGAUUAUUAUGAUUUAUACUCAAAUAUGCACUUGAUAAUAAUAGAAAAAAAAAAAAAAAAAAAAAUUAUUAAUUUAAUAUAAGCGCACCGGAUUAUAUCUGGCGGUUCUUUGCUUUCUACUCAAGGGGGAAUGGGUGAUGGAGGCGUUAGAUGGACGUACCUUAUCCAUAUUUAUAAUAAAAAAUAAUAAAAUAACGUACAACAUUAUUAUGUACGGAUUUAUUUUUUUUUUGUUUAUACUCUACACGACGGAAAUGAGAAAAAAAACAAUAGCUAUUCGAGCUGCUCGCCGACACAUCACAAUGGCCGCACGACGCACUCCGAGCGGAUUUCGUCUUCCUGUGUCGUAUAGUGUGUAAUACGUCCUGUUGAUAUUUCUGUUUUUGUUUUCCUGCUGUAACUUACACAAUAAUUAUAUAUUUAUAUAGCGAUACGCCCGAGAAACAAUAAUGCGAUGACUAAGAUUCCUCGGAUGUUGUUACAUAUUUUGUAACUUUUUUUUUUUUUUUUUUCCAUAAGUGUUUAUAUAAAUACCGGUCAUUGCCCAGGAAUUCUAAAUGGGAAUCGUGAUUCAUAAAUAAAUCGUGGAAUUUAUUUCUGUUCUACCGAAAUCGUUAAUGUGAAUUUAAAAACCGGAUUAAAAAAAAAAAAAAAAAAAAAAAACAAUUUGUACUUGAUAAAUCAUCAAGCUUUUUCCUCGUAACUCGACUAUAAUAUAUAAUUUCAAAAUAAAAUUACGUAAUUAUCACUUAUAUUAGUUGUGUUGUAUUUUCAAGCCGACGGGGGCGAGGAUAUAAACCUUAACCUUCCCGCGCGUACGACACCGGUACUAAGUUUCAAGUCCAGUUUCUCCGUGCGGUAGAAUGAGAUGCACUAUAAAUAACAUUUCCACUGCGACUUACAUGCUUUCUCCGAUUUUCGGUACUCAUAUUUUCAAUUUCAUAACAAAGUUGCCGGCAACAAACACACAUAUUUUCUAUUUUACUGGUUUUUUUUUUUUUUUUUUUUUUUAAAACCAUUAUCGAACGAUAAUUUUAUGAAAACUGAGUAUAGUUAAUGUAAAAGUAAUUCGGAAUCAAAAUUUUUAUUACGUUUAACGAUCCCGAAUCAAACUUUCAACGGAUUACAUUGAAUUUGUUUGCAUUUUACAAAAGAUAACACCCAGUAUUCGUGUAUCAAAAAAAAAAAAAAAUAAAUAACAUUGAAUUUUCGUAUAUCUUCGAUAAAACGGGUUCGAUUAUUUAUUGGUCUGCUUCGAUUGUAUAUUUGCAAUUUUCAAUGUGUAGUUCGUAUAAUGUUUCUUCCUACUAUAUCGGCUUUUACAGUCCACGAAUGAGACCUUUGCCACACAGUAUUUUGAUAUAAGUUUUAGAGAAAUGUGUCGGUUUUAUCAUAUGAUGUUUUUUUUCUGUCUGUGUUAAACAAGUUUUUUUUAUCUACCAGAAAAAUUGCUCAGAUUUUCAAGUGUAGUAUAAUAUUUUCUGAAAGUAAAUUUCAUCUAGUCGGUGAGGAUAUUUGUAGUUUUUACAACAAUUACGGGAAAACUGAAAAAUGUACUAAGGCAAUAACGCUUUCAUUAUUUUUGAUUUUUUUUUUUUUUUUAAAUUGAAAUUCGGAUAAAUAUAACCUUUUUACAGUUGUACUUUUUCGACGUGGUAAAAUAUUAAGCUGUUUAACGGAUAUUUGUAAAUUCUUUUUUUGGUUUUACGCGGUUACAUUUUUUUUUGGCUAAACUUCAAUGCUUGAUAAUUUAACACGGCGUUCAUAUAAUACGUUGUAAUAUUAGUGAAAAAACAAAAGUUAAGCUGUAACGUAUAGAUUUUAUUUUUUAAUAAGCGUUUAAAAUUAAUGAAAUCGAAAUUUCAAUUAAGUAUUUUAAUUUCGCGAUUGUUACAUUAUUAUUAUUGCAAUCAACGCAAUUGGUUUUACUUUUACACUGUUUAUAAGAGUUUUUUUUUUUUACAUCGCAUCAAAACAUAUUAUCCGACGAGCAGCAGCCAUAGCGACGACUUUAAUAACAAUAUUAUUAUUAUUAUUGUGGGUGAGUCGUACUCGUAUAUUAUAGUCGAACGAAACAAUUAUUCUGUUGCCGUAGGAAGAUUUUCAUGUCGCAAACGACUUUCUUGUUUGUUUUUACGUAAUCGCCGUCAGCUUUAUUAUUAUUAUUAUUUUUUUUUUUUCUUCGGGAAAUCUACCGCCACGAUGAUUGUUGUCGCGUCGUAUUCUCAUUGCUGCUGUUGGUUGCUGCUGCGCGCGGACGGAGGGGAAAAAUCGUUAAACGUCUCGUUCUGUUCUCGCUGUUCUGUUUGUUAUUUAUUUGUUUUUUUUUCGCUUUCAAUAAGGACAAACACACACACACACGCACGCGCGGACGCACACACACACACACACACACACACACACACACAAUAUUAUAUUAUACGUGUACGACUGACAAAUAAUAACGUUUUACAAUGUAUUUAACCGUGUGUACGGCUACGAAAGUGUGCGCAAUUUUAUUCUUCGAACGCCGCGAUAACGCGAAAAUUGCGUAACCCGCGUUCCGAGAUUUUCGCGAUUCGUGUCCAUUGUUCCGAACGCGCGUGUACGACGACAACAACAACAACAAUAAUAAAGUGGAUUUCGAAGUCGGCGUACGCCCCCUCCCCCCACCGCCGCCCGGCGUCGGCUGAUUUUCUCACGGCUCUUAAAACAACAAAAAAAUCUUCCAAUUGAACGUGUUUCCAUUUCACACGGCCGCGCUGCGGUUAUUCCGGCUUGCUUUUAAUGUGUGUUUUACACUAACCCACAUUUUCGAAUCGAACCUAUAUUUACGCCAAACUCUCCCGUCGCGUAAUGAGGCGGACGAUAGUGUGUGUUAAAUGUUAUUUUAAAAUUAAAAAAACACGAAAUCUCCAUUGUAUUAUCAUCAUUGUUACGGCGCGAAAACUUGGCCAUAUUUCAGUAUUAUUUUCCGUUUUUUUUUUUUUUUAUACGUAUUAUUUCCGUCGACCGGUAUUUUUAUCUCUAAAACACGAUUACCGUAUUAUAUAUACGCGCAGCUCGGCGCGGGAACGAAAGUAACGGCACGGAGGGUGGGGGAGCGAUAUAAAAAGGUUUUAAUUAUACACCCGGCGGGGUGAGCGUUUUUAUUAUUACGUUUUCCGUACGCGCGGGAUUGCGGGAGCUCCCGGCAGGUUCAGUCGCCGGCGGGCGGUUCCUUUGGAGAAUUUUCGUUUUUUUUUUCCCCCCUCCCAUCACAAUAAAAUUCGAUUUUCACGUCAUAUCAAAGCGGGCCGCAACAGUUUUCCCCUGUAUAUCGCAACAAUCCGCCUGUGUAUGUAUAGUACGGGGAAAACGCUCGACGCGUAUUAUUAUUAUUAUUUUUUUUUUUAAGGUUUUCCGCAACAGGAAAUCUUUUAUAAACGCCUAACAGCUGACCCUUGUUUUUGAUUACAUAAUCGAAUCGUUUAAAGUCCCGCGCGAAGUUUUCCUCUCUCCGACAGAAAAACAAAAAUCGACUGUGUUAGAGGAAAUGAAAAAAAAAAACCACCGCGUCGCGUCUGUUUAAUAUAAAAAUCAAAAAACCGAUUGGACCUAUCGUGUAUGUAGAUUUUCGAAGAGUCGUUUAUUGUUCAAUUGUUGUUAACGAUAAUUAAUAAAAAAAAGUCACGAGCCGCCAGUUUAUACCCUUAUUAAUGUCCGCGCGUCACCAAAAGUCAAGUGUGUCGGCGAUAAAUCCGCGGGUAGAGGGACGGGGUGCACACGUGCAGCUUCCGUCGAAUUCGUUCACAGUUUUUUUAUUAUUAUUAUUAUUAUUCGAACGAUGACGCCAAUAACCAGCUCGUAUAACUACGUAACGAAGUGUAUAACAAUAUUGUUAAUUAUAAUCGUCAGCCGCCGCCGCGUGUUAUUAUAUUAUAAAGAAACUGUGACCGAACAAUAACGCGCGUUUAUACGGGCGAUGGUGUUAAAGAUCCCAUAAAAAAAAAAAAACAAAAAAAAAAAAAAACACUUUAACGAGUAGCUAGUAAGACAAUAAAAUAUAUUACGCAAUCCGGAAUCGUUCGAAACGUUGAAAAUCGUCGCGAUGGCGCGGGCGAUACCGCGAAGAAGGGAGCGUAUCCGUUUCGCCCGGACCCGACCACAUUCCCGUUUCGCCAAAACCGAUUUUCGGCGUUUUGAAAUUAAACGGGCAAUGGUUUUUUUUUUUUUUUUUUUUUAUAUCGAAUUGUUCGCGACGAAUUCAUUACAGUUGUUUAACAGCAUAUUGAACACGUGCCGUCCACUCAUUGGUUUGUACCACGGUUGUUUUUAAAUAACCCGCAAAGACGAAUAACACACAAUAUAUUUUAUUAUACGCUCGUUCCCCCCUUGUAUUACAACCAAGUAUAUCGCGACCAUUUUUCAAAUGUUUUUUUUAGUAAAAAUAAUGAUUUAUAUCGUAAUUAAUAAUGUAUGAUUCGAUAUUAUGAACUUCCGAGUGUAUUUUCAUAAUGUAAUAUGCGACACUAUUUAUACCGUGCCGAAUUUUUAUAAAUUAAUAAUUCGCGACAAAUUUGUAAAUAUUAUGAUUAAAAUCCACCGUCGACAUAAUUUUAAAACGACCGGAAUAUGUUUUAGGCGAAACGGGUCCCCGCCCAACCGCGAAACCGUCCGAACCGGCGGCGGUCCCCGGACUUUGACGGGGCCCGCGGCGGCGCUCUUAGAGAAUAAUUUCGCGUUUCGCGGAACAUAACUGCGACGCAGUUUUGACUAAUUGAAAAAUAACAUAAAAUCGUAAUGGCGACGUGUGCAAGGCGUGUGCGCCGAACCCGUGGGACCCUCGGGAACGAACUUAAGAAACGCGCCGGUGCUAAACACACACACGGGCACGACACGUUUUACCCUAGAAUCACGGUCGUUCAUUCGGUGGGGGGGGGGGUGGCGAGGACAUGUCCCCACUCCUGGCUUUUCCGUGUCUGUUUUACAUAAAAUAUUAUAAUUUACCCGUAUUAAAUGCAUAUUGAACAAACGAAAAAUCGAUAAUCGUAUAAUAUAUUAUACAGUGAGACUAUAAUAUUCACUAGUGGUUUCCCGUUUGUUGUCGACGACAUAAAAAUCAAUAUAGCACGGGCGAUUGGGAAAUAUUGUUGAAAAAAAUACAGUAUUUCCCCCCCCCCGCCCUCUUGGAUUUUCAAAGACCGGACUCCCUUGCCUAGAGUCGAUGUUGGUCGCAUAGUAUUCGUGAAAACCGGUUAGGUUAUAGGGUUGGUUAUAAGGGUGGAAUGACGUUGAAAGUGUUGCGUAAAUAACAUCUGCACAUUAUAUAAUGUCUUUGGUUUCUGGGUGAAAAGUAAAUUGUUGACUUCUUUUUUUUAAUACAUAUAUAAUUUUGACUUUUUUAAUUGUAUUCCCCUCUAUUCGUCCGUCUAAUAACGGCAUAAGUGUGUAUGUGACUGUAUUCUAACACGUGUUUAGUAUGUUAUACUGAAAAUCGAAAUAUUUCCCGUCACUGGAUGACGUGAUGGCGGUAGGUACUUUUUGUUUGGCGAAAUGGCAUAAGUCGCGUAUACAAGUCGAAGCAAUUUAUCCGUUCGGUAAUAGCGCCGUUUUAAUUAUUAUCCGAGCAAUUUUCAAAAUUGAAUUCGCUCUUAUCGAUUAGAACUGUACAACGGGAUAAUAGGCUAUAGUAUGCCGUGCACACACGAAAAAUGGCAAAAAAUAAAAUACAAGUAUAAAUACAGCUGAUGAGAAGUCAUAAAUGUAGGCUGUUCGGUGGGUCAAUACUAAAUAAUAGAUUAUAAUAUUAAUUUUUUUUAUGGAUUCACAUAAACGACAGAUUUUUUUUCUCUUUAUUAUUUAUGAUAAAUACAAAAUAAAUCCGUAUAAUACGUAUAAUAUUAGCGACUUUUUUCUGGACUAUAGUCUCUUUCAAUACUAUAAAUACACUCUAUCGGAUCACAUUCACAGAAACGAUUCAAUUUGGUAAGUCGUUGACCAGCAGUUGUUUUGGUAUCAACUGUUGUCAUUAUUGCGAACUUCAAAAAAGGUACCUAUUACUCGUUUAGUCGUGUAUAUUAAUUUUAAAAUUAAUGAAUGGUAAUAGCUUCUUUUAGUAAUCGUAAUUGAACAAUUGAGUGGGUUGUGUGUGAUGUGUAGCCCUUUAUUGGGUAUUAUUUUCAAAAAAGGUCGCAUGAAAAAUUGUGUAAAGGUUGAGAACCGCUGUUUUAUCACACCCGUGAUGAUGUUCGCCGAGAAACGACGUUUAAUAUUUAAAGGCCCCGGAGAAAUGGGGCAACGCGGGGUAGUGUGUCAUCGGCACGUCGUAAUACUGUCGGCGGUGCGCCACAGCCUUUGCGGACCGAACUUUCGCUUUGCGUGCGCACGCCGUCGCCGCCGCCGCCGCCACGCCGAGGGACUUUCGCUCUCUUCCCGUUCUCGGGGAUACCGCGCGACUUCCGGAUAACGGCACUCCUUUGAACACACACGCGCGCGAGCGUGCGCUCUCGUACGGCAAUUUACAUUGUUUUAGGCAUUAUAAAAUAUGUACAGCGUGUUUCCCUUUUAAAGGUAACGCGAAAUAUUUCUGCCCGUGCGACUCCGGAUCGCAAGCCCGGAUUAAGGCGUUCAGAGGUAGGCGAGCGUGUACGAGGGGGAGGGUGUUUUCGGGUUUCAACCUUCCCCCAUCCCUCCCACGACAUUUCGCGAAAAUUGCGAUGAACGUAAGUUUUUCAUAUAUAGUCUCAAAAGAGGUUUCUAUGUCAAUGCGGUAGAUAAAUACAAUUUCGGUUUUAUUUUAUUACUAUAGAUUGUAUAUAUAGGUAUCUAUAAAAUAUAUUGUUAUUAUUGUUAUUUUUAAUUUUUCGCGGUUUUCUUGUUUUUAGAAAAUCAUAUCUGAUACGGCGAUAUUGCUUUGGCCGUAUUACGUAAUUAUAAUUUAGGCUGUAUUCACUAUAUAAAAAAAAAAAAUUUAAACGUAAAAUUUAGUAAGUAAUAGUUUAGGUUAGACUAAAGGUUAAAAUUGAAUGUUAUAAAAUAUUGAAAUUUUUAAAGAAAAAUGAAUAAUCCUACGGUUGAAAGUGUAUCCAAUUCUUUGUUACGAGUAUAUGAAAGUGCACAACCUUAACCCCUCCCCCCCCCCCCGAGAAAUAAUUUUUUGUGAACACACCUGUUUAGAGGCCCCGGGGCCGAAUUUUUCGACGAGACAUUCGUCCAAUAUAAUAUACAUUUUUAAGAAAUGUUUACUAACCAGUAUGUUUAACAAAAGAAAAAUAAUAAAUAUUGUUGACAUUAUAUAAUAUAUAGAUUUCAAUUCAAAAGUCACAAAGUAGUUUUGACGAUUUUCGGACAGCGUUCUUCUGUGAUUUAUAUUUUGUUUAUUUUAUAAUAAAAUUGUUCAACGCCAAUGCUUGUAUCUUAUAAAUUGUUCGAAAUUUAGCCCAUCAUUAUGUCGUGGCUGCAGUCAGCUGUUUAAAGUUUUCUUAAUAAAUGAAUCGAUUUAAAUUUAAAGUUUAACUCGUUGUCAUUCAGUCAAUUUCGGUCUUAGAGCCGCGGUGAAAUGAUCGAAAUGGUCGGAAUUUUAAUGUGCGUACCUAUAUACAAAAUGCAAUCAUAAAACGGGACAAGCAUAUUUAAUGAAUCGCUCUGUAUAUUAAGUUUUCGGUGUUACACUCGGAAUCCAGGACUAACGGAAUAUAUUUGAUAUCCGACGAACUCGGUUCAUAUUUUAUAUAUAAAAAAAAAAAAAUGGUGGUCUGAUAAUUCUACUUUUACGGACCGAUAAAGCGAUAAAUAAAAGUUUUCUACACGCGAAAAUCGCCAUACUUUUUGAAACGCUGUAGAUAUCAUUAGCAUAUAUCUCCGUAUAAGUUAAUAGUUCGAAAAUCUUGUAUAUGCAGACGCGGGCUGACUCGGGUGUGCUACAACAUCCCACGCUUUAACGUUUAUCUGUCACGUUUAGUAAAAAUUUACCUUUGUAAUUUUAUUCAACGUUUAAUUACUCCGUUCAGUCGAGAAAAUAUUUUUGUUUUUUUUUGUCGUUUGUAUUAUAAUGUUUGCGUAUAUAAAUAAUUUAUUUGAGUGUUUACUUUCACUGUCGAUAAUUGUUGAUAAAGUCAUAAACAUAAUAAAAAAAAAUAAAAUAUCGAAUCAAAUCAUUAAAAAUACACUUCAAAAGUACCCGCUUUGAAGAACUGUUUAAAUUCUGUAAUAUUAAUUAACGACGAACAUGAUCUCAUAGCAAAUUCUAUAAUGAUGAUAAAAACUUUAAAUACAAACUUAUCAAAUAAAACAUUUGGUAGGUAAUGAUUUUCAUGUCUUUGUAUACAUUCUGCAAACUUUUGUUGUAUUAAUUAUUAAUAAUUAUACAUGUUCAAAUUGACACGGGACGUAUUUUAUGCGAUUUUUGGUAUUUAAUACAUUAAAAUUUAUAGACUAUUGAGUGUACCUAAGAAUCUAUUAGUAUUAAAAAAAUUCGGUUUUUUUUUCUCAAAAAACAGCUUUUUGGGUUGAUAAAAAUUUUCCGGAUUUUUGCCUGAUGGUACAUUUUUCGAACAUUUUUUCGAAAUCCCCAAUACUUUUUCCACGACACCGAUUUGUAUGUUUUUUUUUUUUCCAAACACUCGAUUAGGCAACCGCUCCAAUUCACGCAGUAGGUACUCUCUAAAUGUGCGAAAUAUCCGUAAUUUCGGGUCUCAAUAUAUUUUAAACAUUUAUUGCCACGUUCAGAGGUUUACCCAACCUUUAGGUCGGUUUUUUGUCGGUUUCCGGGUUACUCGAGAAGGGAAUACAAACACAACCGAUACUAUUGCGCUCAGAAUCGUUGGCAGUUUCAUUUAUUGUUGCGUACAGUGUAAAAGUGGAAAAAAAAAAUACCCCGUGCAUCCUAUGUAUACCGUUUCAACGCAGCUACUCAUCGACAAGAGUGGCCUACUCGCGAUUAAUAUCGAUUUUUUAAAAAAUUUUUUUUUUUUUUUAACUGUCCCUAGAAUAUCUUUUGCUAUUCGCCCUAAAAUUACGCGUAGCGUCCUAAUUUCGACCAGUCCGCGCGUCGAAAAUUAUAAUUAUCAGCGUUGUGUGGACCGUAAUAUUCCGGACUCGGAUCACUGAAUGUUGUCGAUUUUACCCAGGAUCCGGGGUCAACGUUAAAAACGCCUCCGGCGCGAACCCUCCGGCCCCUGCGUUCACCGCGCGCCACAGCGUGUUGAUACGUAUUAUCGAAUGCGCACGAGCGCGCGGCGCGCCCCGAGACGCGGUAUAAUAAUAUUAUUAUGUUAUUGCAGUCGAUGCGGACUUUUGUGGCGCGUGUACAGACGCGGAAUAAUGUAGGGCGUCAGGGCCCGCCCUUAUGUGCCGAUCCUGCGCAGCGCAUGCGCCGGGGCCGCAGCGACAUCCGAGUCGAUCGCGGUCUGCGGACGGAUCGUCGCGGCGGGCGCGUAACCCUCUCCGCACGAUCGCCGCCGUUGUACGCGAUAUUUAUUAUUAGCGUUCGGAUUUGACGGCAAUGUAAUCGAUAAAAAAAAAAACCAUUUAAUUUAUAUGAAAAAGCAAUUACAAAAUUUACGAAAAAAAUUUAAAUAGAGAUUUCAGUUGGUUUAAUUUGUUCGUAUUGAAAAAACAAUUGACUACCACGUACUUAGCCUUAAACCGCCUUCAGUAAAACGUUGACGGUUUGGGCUUAAAAUAUGUUUGUCCGUAGACAAUUAUUUUUCUACCUCUACGUCGAAGGUAUUGGGGCGUAUUUCAUACAUAAAUAAUUAUCUAAAUAAUUAAGAUUACUAAUUAUUGAAUAUCGCUCGUUGUUUCUCCGCUGAUUUUUUCCAAUUAAAAAAGGGCGGAAAAAAAAAUACAUCCAUUGUCUUCGUUAUUAAAUAAAACACAUUUUUAUGCACAAAAAUUAUUUUUCUAUUAUUAUAUUUAAAAAAAAAAAAGAAAAAAAAAAAAGGUUUUUGCGAAUCCCAUUUAUUACCAUUGAUGAUCGUACGCUAUUGUAGUAAUAACAUUAUAAUUUAUAACAAUUAUAAACAACCAGUCAGCCGACGUUAUCGUAACACGGAACUAUAAUAAUAAUUAGCGGAGACGUGAACAAUCUUCAACAAUUGAAAAGACCGAAAAGUUUGUUUAUCCGUUUAUACGCUAAAAAUCGCAUUUGCUUCAAACUCGCAUCCCCGUGACGAAUUAUAUCCGUUCUCCCGCCCCUCCCGUUUCGUCAGAUUCGGUUAAAUAGUGUACCAGUAUAAAUACCAGUGGUGUGAUGUAGUCAGUGGCGUAAGCGAUCACAAAAAAAAAUAUACACCUUCAUAAACCUUCUAUUUUUACUAUCCCCGGAGAGCCGUUCACGAUUUAUUUAAUACAAAUAUUAUCGAAACCGAUUUAAAUAAAUAAUUAACCAUAGCUCCCUAACUAAACAAUACGAGUAAUAAUAAUAUUUUGUACGGUUUGAACCUAAAACGAGUGAAGGUGACCGAUGAGAGUUCCAAUAUGGCGGCAGUGUCGUAUGGGACCGUACCAACGCUGAUAGUAUAAUAAAUAGCAUCAUGCUAUUGAUAUCACGAUGAUUGGUCGUGUAACACAUUUGAAAACGACUCGUAAUAUAUCGUCUCCUUAUGUACUAUUCCAAAAGUCCCAAAUGUAAUAUAUAAUAUUUUACAUUAUUAAAACUAGAUCAUCGUGGUUUAAAUUGUCCAUACACGCUACUCUACUGACGCCUGCAUAUUAAAAGUAUACAUAUUUUUUGUAUAUUUUUUUUACGCAUAAAAACCUACCUGAAGGUCACGUUCAGUGCCUUAACCGGGCAUUUUUCCACAGGUCAUAUAAAAAUACUGUACGCCCUAUGCGGCAGUAAUUCUUUCUUUCACUCUUUUCGGAUCGUAAUGUCUAAAAAAAUGCAAAACAUUAAACAUCAUAGUCCCCUAAGAUACCGAAAACUAAAAUAAAAAUGAUGUAAUAUAAAUAUUAUACGCAUACCUCAAAAUAAGCGAUUACGCCUCUGAAAUUUUACGCCCGGGAGGACUAACUCCCGCAUACUCCUCUCCCCCCCCCUAAUUCCGGCCUUGUCGCUGAACUCUAUAACUCGAUAAGACAGCUGAACAAUAACUGCUUUCGAUAAAAAAAUGUCCACUCACUCAUGGCAACCCGAAAAUACACCCCACCAUGGAAUAUUUUGUUAGAUUUACAUAAAAUUUGUCGAAUUUUUUCGAAUUUUCGCAAGCUAAAAUUCUUUUAACACACUAUUGUUUUAUGUAAAAGCAUAAUCGGUUUUUGUUAUGUUUCUGAACGGCCGCGUGGCGUUUUGUGAAUCACGCAAUUCAUAAAUACCUCCUCAUCCGAACCACCACUGAUCAGAGCCCCGUAAAUGUUUCGCGGGGAAAAUAUGUAAUAUACUUUCCGAGAUAAUUGGCGACAAUGGCGUAUUUAGGAUUUCUUUGCGGAGGGAGAGGAAUAUACGAAUACAAUUGUCGGUGCUAAACGUCCCAGCAUUUUGUUAUACCUACCGAUAAAAUGAUGAAUGGAAAAAAAAAAGAAGAAAAAAAAAGUGGGCCAUAGGGAGAGAUAUAUUAUCCUUAUUCUCCCCCGCCCCUCCGUGUAAAUACGCCACUGACUGGCGGCGGUGACGUACACGCCCGUUCGGACGGAUCGCCAUCGUUUUGUAUACACAAAUUGUAACGUUAAUUUAUUCAAUAACGAUGGUAAUAAUACGCGCGUAUACGUAAAAAAAUUAUCACGUACGCCGAGCGUGUAAAAUAUUAUUAUUAUUAUUUUUUUUUUCAGUAAUCUCGCGCGUUUCGGGGGAGGAGCGACGAACGCGGUGGUUCGUAAAUACGCGCUAGUCGCAAUUAAUUAAUUGGCCGUAUAAAAAUGAGGAAAAAAAAAAAUUAACGAUAAUCCGACGCCCGCGUCCUUGACCGUUGUUUGCGGGCGGCGGCGGUUUUCGCGUGGGCGCCGCCGUCAAUGUGCGACGACGACGACGACAAUAAUUAUUGUUAUCAUCAUCGUUAUUCCGCACGGUUUCAUAAUAAAAAUAAUAACAAUAAUAAUAAUGAUAAAAUGAUAAUGGCGGAGAUAACGCGACGAUAUUUUAUGUUCCCGUGUAUUGCAUCGGACGCCACUCGUCGGGCCGGCCGUGUUACCUAUAUCGUUUCUUUUUUUUUUUUUCUGUCCGUUGUCGAGUAGAUACGACGGUAGUAGACUCACUGUACGUCUUAGACGGAACGUUCGUCCCGAGGAUUCGGGAAGCGCGGUCGGUCCGAACCGAGUUGGGUUACACGCGUUUUGUUGAAAGGCCCGUAGUUACUUGGAAAUAAUACAUUUCGUAAAUUUCCCUAUGUUUUUCCCAUUAAUUACGAAAACCCUUGAGUAAAAAAAAAAAAAAAAAAUGACCUCUUUUAAGUCAAGUUUCACUUCAGUCAAAUUUUCUUUCAGAAAAAGUGCGCAACUUAAAAAUCGGACGAAAUUUCCGACCAAUACAAAUCGAAUACAAUCAAAUCGACAUGGAUUCGUUUAAAAACAAGAGUAUAAUAAUAAUUUAUUGCGCACCGGGAUUUUAGUUUUCGGUAAACCGUCGCCGGAGUUUCCGAGCUCCAAUUUUUGCAAAGUAUUAAAAUAGCUAUUAUAUGAGUGUUUAUUGACGUCGACGAAAACAGUUUUGCAACUUUUUGUGUGCGAAUUUCACACGAACAAAAAAACAAUUAAAAUAACUAUAAAUAGCCUGUAAACAACUAGAACGUUUCGAAAAUUUACCACUCCCAGAGGUGGCUAAUAUAAUUAUUAAUGGACAGUUUCAGAUUACUAUAAAUACUGAAGGACAACACCAAAAAAAAAAAAAAAAAAAAUGGAAUAUUAACAGUCGCCGUUAUUGCGAAAAAAUCAUGUCAGUUUUCCUAUACUUUUCCCGAUUAUUAAGAAAACUAAAAGGACCAUAAAAACAACAAAAAAAAGUCCCUCCUCAAUGCACUUGAAAACCAAACGGCACGAUCGGAUCAACAUUUUUGAUCGUUAAGUCACUUAUAGGCGGAAAAAAACAUACGAAAAUGUUUUAAUACAAAACGUAAAACUAGUUUCGGGUAACUUUUGAUGGCGUCGGUCCCGCCGCGCGGGUAGGUUCAAUCGGGACCCGUGGUAUUUUCGGGCGACAAUUAUUAAUUUUUUGCAUUUUGUUUUCCUCUAUCUGUGAACAAUUUUUCUACCAGAAAACGUGCUUCGAAGUGUAAACUAUGGCACCUUUUCUGAAAGGUAAUGUCGGUCCAUUGGAGAGGUCUUUUUUUGGUUUUCUCGAAAUAAUCGGGAAAAGCGGCAAAUAUUUAUGGCUGGUGGGAGGUAUCUGGGAAAAAAAACAAACAGGUUUUGUUUCAAAAAAUAAAAUUGAGCGCAAUGUAGUAUUUUUUUUUUUAUAAGUUUCAAAAUCAAAUUUUUGACGAAAACCGUGAAUAUCACGCAUAACCGUCAACCGGUGGUUUAUCGUCAGUUACAGGUGUAUGAAAAUUAAAUACCUAACUUUAUGUAUCCCGCCUUCUCCACUGUCCGCCUACAACAACAGUGGCCGCACCCGUCUCUUUUCGAACGAUUAAUUUCGCGUGGACCAAUGUAGGUGGGGAGGCGGGGGCACCCGUUCAAACCCGUCGCGAUCGUAUUGAAAUUCAUACUGGCGAUUUUAUCUUUGUAGUUUUAGAUUUAUAAUUGGUUUUGUUUUUUGUUUUUUUUUUAAUUUUUUUCCCCGUGUCCAACAGACAACGGCCGAGCGCAGAAAAAGGGCGUCCUGGUGCACUGUUUGGCGGGCAUAUCGCGUUCGGUGACCGUGAUGCUGGCGUACCUGAUGGCCCACCGGCAGCUGACGUUGAACGAGGCGUACAACAUGGUGCUGAAGCGCAAGGCCAACAUCGAUCCCAACUUUCAUUUCAUGCAGCAGCUGCACUCGUUCGAGAAGCAGAUGCUGGACGCCCGCACGCAGCCGAAACAGUCGGCCAACUCCACCGGCUCGUCAGCGUCCAGCUACCUGAGCCCGUUGUCCACGACCGUGCAGAGCCCGGACAGCGGCAUCGAGUUCGACCGGUGGACCCCGGGCACGGGCGGAUGAGAAACGUCCGAGGGCGACCACCGGCAGUCGCCCCAGACCAAAUACCGUUUUUGACCACGGAAACGGUCGUAGUGGUUUUUUUUAUUAUUUUUUUUUUUUCUCUCUCUCUCUACUGUACAUCUGUCUUGUAUUACUACUAUACUUACAUUAUUAUUAUUACUUAUUAUUAUUAUUGCGGCGCACGCACAAUAUUUUAUAUCGAUUAUACUUAUCGUCGUCUCGUUUUCAUCGUUUCCUAACGCGUCGAAUCCUUUUUAUUAUUAUUAUUAUUAUUAUUUUAGACGUAAAAAAAAAAAAAAUACACCGCCCCUUGAAUAUAAAACACGAAUCCCCUCCCCCCACCCAUUCCGCGUAUAUAAUAUUGUAAAUGUAUAUUUUUGUUUUGACCGCGUUUUAAAUAGGCAACGGAGCCGUUUUCGAUUGUUACGACUCCUUCUCCCCCACCCCCCCUCCCCGCUCCUUUUAUUUUGUGUUAUUUCGCGUAGCGCCUCGUACAUAAUAUUAUUAUUAUUUUUUAACCGCGCAACUUUUACGUUGUUGAUUUCGACAUUUAAGACUAAUACUUUUAUUACGAUUUAUAAUAUGUAAAAUCAAUACUAGGUAGGUACCUAGCUAACAUGAUAAUACGAAAUCGAGGAUUUUAUUAUCGCGCGUUUUACGGAGUGCCCGAAACAUUAAUAUUAAAUAAUAAUAUUUUACGUAUAAUAUUUUCAUUCGAGUAUUAUUAUUAUUAUUAUUAUUAUUAUAAUAUUGUUUGCCUGUAUAAAUAAUGUGAAGAACGUAUUUUGUCUGUAUUUUAAAACAAUCGUCAUUGUUAUAUAUUUUAUACUUAAUUUAUUUAUUAUGUUGUACUAUAAUUAAUGUUUAUUUCUAGACUGAUUCAUGGUCUGAUGCCAUUUUUUAAUAUUUAUUUAUUUGUUCGGUCGACUUUAAAUUAGCGAUAUUAUUGAUACGAUCGUACAGAUUAUUAUAUGUGUCAAUCGAUUUUUUUUUCCUCAUUAUCUUCCUUAAUUUUUUUUUUUAAACAUUAAAAUCACGUGUUUGUAUAAUUAAGUGUUGUAUAUCUAUAUUUAUUUUAAACAAAUUCAAAUUUUACAGUGUUUCGACCUUAUAUAUUAUUACUAUAAUACAUUUAUAUAUGUUUUUUUUAAAGUCUAUUCCAUAAUAAUUAUUAUAUAAUAUUAACACGGGUUACCACUCAAUGAAAAAAAUUAAAGAUUAAAUGAAACGGCCAAAUGUAUAAAAUUUAAGAUGUAUAAAACAAAAAUAAUUGUAUUUUGUAAUAGGCCCUAUAUUUUGUAAUUAUAGUGCCAUAUAACCAACCUCGGACAAAUGAGGUGUACAAUUAAAUUACAUAUGUGUAAAUGAUAUUAUGAGAUGAAAUAAAUACAUUUUAAAGUAUAUUAUAAUAUAUACUUAUAACAUAUUAUUUGGUUACAAUUUUUUGAUCAUAAGCUAGUAUUUACAACUUAUGCAUCGUAAAAAAAUAAAAAUAAAAUAAUGUACAGUUAACACUAACAUUUUACAUCUUUAAUGUACAUCUUAAACUUACACUGAUAUAAAUAAAUUACUUGUCAUAUAAAUAAUAUACUAGAUAGUAGUACAAGUACAAAACAAAUAACAGAAUACUAGGUUUUACGGGUAUAUGUACAAAAUAAAUACAUUUGAUGAAUCUUAACAAGAUUUACAAAAAAAAAAAAAAAAAAAAUAUACAACUGAGAAUAAAAUCUAUACAAAAUGUACAAGAAAUUUCACAAAAUAAUUGGUAGGAUUAUUUGUAGCAAUUCGUUUGGCUUCAAAGCAUUAUACCUUUGCCAGUGGUCAUGGGGGACUAAGAUGGGCCCUACCGCGUCCUCUUCCUCGUCCCCGACCUCGUCACCUUCUCCCAUCGCCCAUUCCUAUAUUGCUGGUGGUCUUUUCCAAAUAGGCCAACGGUCCUUGCAACAACGCUCCUGGUCCUCCAGCCAUUUGUCCUCCACCCAUCGAUCCCCCAGCCACAGGACCGCCGGGCCUUUGUUGUUGCUGCUGCUGUUGUUGCUGUUGUUGUUGUUGCUGCUGUUGCUGUUGUUGCUGCAAGAACAUUGCCUGUUGCGGCGAUACCAUACAACCGGGUACUUGAGGCGACGGUUGUUGUUGGGGUGGUCCGAUCGGCCCGGACAGAGGAGAAGGCAUCGGUGCAGGCAUGGGACUCUGGCCCAUCGUAUUCUGGGCAGGCGAUUUGGCCACUUGUUGUAGAUCAGCCAAUAGAUUUUGCCAAACGCCGAUUUUAUCGUAGUGUCGCCGUAUGAGGUCAUCCUUGCGUGCUAAUUCCAAGCGCAGCUCGGAUAUGUCUUCUUUUACGAUCAAUUCGGGCUUCAGUGCCGACAGGAGAAAUCGUUUUUGAAGGAAAAACGCUUCUAGUUGUCUGGCGAUAUCAAUAAAUCGUAUCGUACACUGAUCUAUGUCUACUCUUACUUCUUCUUUAUCACCCGGCGCGAACGUUUCUUCUUCUUUCGAUAUGAUCUCGACGAGCGACAUGAAUGCUUCGUCGAAUUCGUCCACCAAAUUGCCAUUGCCACUGGUCGGUGUGGCCAUGGCGAAUAAUUCGUUGUGUUACAAAAGAAAUCUGUACAAUUCGAUAUGAACUUAUUGCAAUUUGAAAAAAAAAAAAAGAAUUUCGACAGAACGAAUUUGUAAAAGUAAACAUAAAACGUACAACGUAAUAUCUAACUAAAUUGAUAGUCU